GUGUUUUUGUAUUUUACAGGUCAGGUCAGCCUGCCGGCCCCUCUGCUGCUUCCCUCUGGGGACACACACCUUCUCCACACUGGGAAGUCACUCACCCUCACCUGCAGGUAUGACACACACACACACACACACACACACACACACACACACACACUGACCCAACAAGUUCCCCAACCAUUUUUUUUUUUAACUUACAGAUGUAGGAUCUUAAUUUGAACCAGUUUGCUACAGCAGUAAGAUAAUCCUGCAGCCACAGGAAAUGUGAAUUAUUAUGUGGAUUAUAAUUAAUGGACAUUUUUGUAGGAGUUGAUACAUUUUUCUUAAGGGAAAAUCAAGUCUAACAUUUCAAAGUGGAAAUUACAAAUACACUACACAUUUUAAAUGUCCUGCAUUGCAGGAAAGUUCUCCUGCAACAGGGUGAUCAAAUUAAGAUUCUACAUCUGUAUAGGGCCCCAUCACAAUCAGGAGUCAGGAGUUGUUCCUGACCACACAACCUGACAAGCAAAUACUUGUUUUCUACAACUGGGGGUUUCUUGGUCAGGUCAUAUGGACAGAACAAAAGAGUGUAAAUGCCUUUUAAAAUGGGCCAUUCAUUUUGAUGAUAGAGGUACGAGAAAUAAUCUGAACUCCCUGGCAAGAUUUACCUAAAAAAAUCCAACAGGUUAAUGCCAACCCCCCUCCCCUGUCAUUUAUUAGUUCCUGGUUCUGCUCCAGUUGUUGACUGUUCUCUGGACUGCCAUAAAAUCCUGCCUGGCCCCAUUAGACUGCUAGGCCAGGAUAAAGUGAGGAGAGGGAAGGUAAAAGGGACUGCAGGAGCAUCAGACCAUAGAGGCAGCUAGGCAAUGACACUGCCAGCCAGGAACCAGUGUGGCCCCAUUUAUCAAUCUGUUCCAAUAUCCCCAGGGUGCACACAUUUGUUAAGCGUUUAGAGAGCCUUGCAUCAUUUUCUAGACACGCCAGGAAUGCUAACCCCUGUGGUCCUAAUGCAAUGCUUCCCUCCAAGGCCAUGUGCUAAAAAGGCCCUGGUCGAUAAUGAUGGUUUCUGGCCUCUGGAUGAGAGUUUGAAGUUGCUUGACCCAAGCAGCUGUAGGCAGAGGCAGUGGUAUGCAGUGAGAAAUGUUUCAAGCUCCUCUGGGAGCGCUUUUGAUGGGACCUUAAAAACUGACAUUGUUUGAAAAUAUGUGUUAUUUGAACACAUCAUCCCAAAGAUCCUAGCCAUGUUCCCAUGUGAAAGUCCAAGUUAUAAAGAUAACUCCAGAUUAUCGGAAGGGCCUUUAAACACUUCCAAUAAACAUAAUCUGAGGGGUCCUGAGGGGAGGGCUGGCCCGGCCCUGACCUAAUCAACUGGCAACCGGAACAAAAUGGUGUGACACUGGAAAAAUUCCCACAGAAUAAUUACUGUAAACCAUUCACCUCUUUCUUCUCCUGAGAAUAUCCACUAUCAAAAAAGAGAAAAGACACAUAAGCAGUCGUCAUAUCAAAGCCAACAUUUAACACUGAUUUGAAUAUAAAUUAUUAUUACAUCUAAAUAAAACUUCAGAUAGAAUCUUAAAGCUAGAAUCCAUAGUUGCUACAUUCAUUUUUGGACUUACAGUGGCUUGCGAAAUUAUUCACCCCCCUUGGCAUUUUUCCUAUUUUGUUGCCUUACAACCUGGAAUUAAAAUAGAUUUUUUCGGGGUUUGUAUCAUUUGAUUAACACAACAUGCCUACCACUUUGAAGAUGCAAAAUCUUUUUUAUUGUGAAACAAACAAGAAAUAAGACACAAAAAAAACAGAAAACUUGAGCGUGCAUAACUAUUCACCCCCCCAAAGUCAAUACUUUGUAGAGCCACCUUUUGCAGCAAUUACAGCUGCAAGUCUCUUGGGGUAUGUCUCUAUAAGCUUGGCACAUUUAGCCACUGGGAUUUUUGCCCAUUCUUCAAGGCAAAACUGCUCCAGCUCCUUCAAGUUGGAUGGGUUCCGCUGGUGUACAGCAAUCUUUAAGUCAUACCACAGAUUCUCAAUUGGAUUGAGGUCUGGGCUUUGACUAGGCCAUUCCAAGACAUUUAAAUGUUUCCCCUUAAACCACUCAAGUGUUGCUUUAGCAGUAUGCUUAGGGUCAUUGUCCUGCUGGAAGGUGAACCUCCGUCCCAGUCUCAAAUCUCUGGAAGACUGAAACAGGUUUCCCUGAAGAAUUUCCCUGUAUUUAGCGCCAUCCAUCAUUCCUUCAAUUCUGACCAGUUUCCAAGUCCCUGCCGAUUAAAAACAUCCCCACAGCAUGAUGCUGCCACCACUAUGUUUCAUUGUGGGGAUGGUGUUCUCGGGGUGAUGAGAGGUGUUGGGUUUGCACCAGACAUAGCGUUUUCCUUGAUGGCCAAAAAGCUCAAUUUUAGUCUCAUCUGACCAGAGUACCUUCUUCCAUAUGUUUGGGGAGUCUCCAUCAUGCCUUUUGACGAACACCAAAUGUGUUUGCUUAUUUUUUUCUUUAAGCAAUGGCUUUUUUCUGGCUCUUCCGUAAAGCCCAGCUCUGUGGAGUGUACGGCUUAAAGUGGUCCUAUGGACAGAUACUCCAAUCUCCGCUGUAGAGCUUUGCAGCUCCUUCAGGGUUAUCUUUGGUCUCUUUGUUGCCUCUCUGAUUAAUGCCCUCCUUGCCUGGUCCGUGAGUUUUGGUGGGCGGCCCUCUCUUGGCAGGUUUGUUGUGGUGCCAUAUUCUUUCAAUUUUUUAAUAAUGGAUUUAAUGGUGUUUCGUGGGAUGUGUAUAUAUACUGAGAUCAUGUGACAGAUCAUGUGACACUUAGAUUGCACACAGGUAGACUUUAUUUAACUAAUUAUGUGACUUCUGAAGGUAAUUGGUUGCACAAUAUCUUAUUUAGGGGCUUCAUAGCAAAGGGGGUGAAUACAUAUGCACAGACCACUUUUCCGUUAUUAAUUUUUUAGAAUUUUUUGAAACAAGUUAUUUUUUUCAUUUCACUUUACCAAUUUGGACUAUUUUGUGUAUGUCCAUUACCUGAAAUCCACAUAAAAAUCAAUUUAAAUUACAGGUUGUAAUGCAACAAAAUAGGUAAAACGCCAAGGGGGAUGAAUACUUUUGCAAGGCACUGUAUAAAUUAAUGAUAUAUACCCAUUGAUAAUUGAAGAAUUUAACUUAUAAAUGCCUCAUGUGUUUAGUUAAACUGUUGUACCCCAUCAGAACCCAACAUAUCAUCUUGUUUUAAACAAUGUACAUUUAAACAAACACUGUAUAUUCUAAAAACAUGGUUAAAACUAUAAGUUUGAUAUCAUGGAUGGUCAGUCCUUGCAUCCAUAGCUCUGUCUAUGAAUUUGAGAGUGCUUAUAUUUCUCCAGGCCCAUCCCUCAGCUUUUUACCCAAACACAGGGCGGGGUGACCAAUUUGUUAUUGUUUCAAUUAAGGAUUCCAGCUUUAGGAGCUUGUGCCUGUGACAUUUGAGAGUAUGUUUGUGUGCAUAAAUCAGGUGAAACAAUGAAGGUAUUUGACCUGGUGAUGCUGCUGACUUGAGGGUGACGACCCAGAGCCCUAGUGGCGGUAGGAGUGGCUGACCCUCUCAGAUUGACCCUCUGUACUUUGUUGCUUGACUUAGAUGUUGCCCUUAACCACAGAUCUAGAAUCAGUUUUCCCUACCCUCAAUACACAUUUACAGGAUAAUAAAUAAUAUCUGAUCCUGUAUCAGUUCUUAGGGCUUACUUCUGCUGUGUCUUUAUCAGAGGUGCUGCCCAGCUGUACUGGAGGCUGCCCUGGCGGGACAUCACCUCGGAGGGGGUGCGUGUGGAGGAGUGUGAGCCCCGAAUGCACGCCCACUGCAGUAAACUGCUAGUGAGUCACCUGAGCCCCAACGACACAGGCCUCUACAGCUGCAGGUACACCCAGCCCUCCGCCGACGUCAGCUCCACCUACAUCUACGUCAAAGGUGAGUCCCACUUUAUACUGUUCAGACAUUGUCCAAUGGCAUAGCCCCUUUCAUACAGUAUGGUAUUUGCAGACCAAAGUGCUUUACGUACAGUAUAAAGUGUAUGCUGACAGAGUAAAUCAUCAUUGUUGAGUUCUAUAAUGACAUUCUUGUGUGAAGUAGUGCCCUGCACAGGCAUGAAUUUUAAGCCCAAGGCCUACCCAUGCUUGCGACGUUCAGGCCCUACCCUACCCAGGCCCGAUUGCUUCUGCCAAAUGGAAGGCCUGGACCUGCCCGAACCCGAAAUCAGAAAUAAUAUCCUUUGUUAGGAUCCAUUAGCCAUCUCUGUCUGUUCUCCCCCUCUCUGCGCUGCUCGCUCUGCAUGCGCUCUGUGCAUGAGUAUCCAUAGCAACGCCUCUGCUUGCUGUUCUGCUCAAUGACAAGACAGAGAGCAGUUAGCUGUAAACUAGCUACUUUUUGUCCCUCUAAACACAAAUUUUUCUUGUAAAAUAUUCUCUCCUGUGGACUCGGACAAUGUUCUAGUCUUAUAUUUGACAAGAUUGAAGCACUUCUGACACCAUGAUAUGUACUUUGCAGCAAAACACAAGCAAUUGGCUCAGCUUCAAAAUGUUAAUGAUCAAUUUAGUGAUACCCGAGCCCUAUCCGUACCCUAGUAAUUGAUGAAAAAACGGGCCCUUCCCGGCCCUAACCUGAUGUUUAAUGUCGGGGCCCGGCCCUAACCUGAUGUUUAAUGUCGGGGCCCAUCGGGCUCAGGUCGGGUAGCAGAACUCUAGCGUAAAGUCCAUAAUAAGCCAAUCGCUCCCAGUGUGUGAAAAUUGGUAUGAAAAGGAUCUCCCUUUGUGAUUAAAUCGUUUGUUUAACGCCGAUAAGGAUCUUUUUCACUCCUGAUUUGUAUGUUUUUCUUCAUCUUUUCCAUUUGAGUUGGUUUGUUUCACAACAGCAUAAGUUCAACAAAUUCCCUCUAAAGAACAGGGGGGGGAUUUUAAAUGGGCUGACGCCUACAGUGCAGUACUGUGUAAACUGAGCCAACUAUUAGAAAAACAGAGGCUCUUAAGGGCCAGUUUAGAGCCAUGGUCACUGAGCAGCCUGACGUCUUCCUGCAUGAUACAGGAGCUGGAAGCCAGCCAGUCUUUCAGAAAAAAAAGACAGAAUAAGUGAGAAAAAUGUAUAAAUAAAGGCCAUAACAGCCAUAACUCUCCACAUGUUGUGAAGAGGAUGGUUUGUAAUUACAGAUAUAUGACUAUAUGUUGGGAGGGGAUUUUUAAUUUUAAGGAGUCUAAUCCAAGCCAUACAGAAGGAACUGAGUUGUGCCUCUCAGAGGAAGGCUUUCCCCUGCUGUCCGACUCCUUCUGGAACAGGGAAGGAGAGUGUGAUCGCAUCGGAAGCCCUUGUCAUUGACUAUUAUUUCCGGCUUCUGUUUUUCCAGUUAGUCUCUCCUGGAGCCUCUCACGAUACCAGCUAUGGUCUCUCCCAUGUUACAGGCUUAGUCCUCCCUCAAAAUAUUGAGAGUGACCUCUACGAAAUAGACAAACUGCACGUACAAACACUUGCAAAUAGCUCCUUAGUGAGAGCAUUGCAGGGCAACACUAAAUACCUUAAAACAUUGUCAUAGUUGAGAUUGCCAUCAGUGUCCCUCCAAAAAUGUCAAGGUCUUAGUCUGAGGGAAUGUGGUGGGGAUAGGUCUCAUGAAAUAUCUGGGCAGAAAGAUAAGAAAGUCAAGCAUGAUGAAUAACCUUUUCUGGAUGAAACAAACAGUGAGUUCCUUUCUAUCUCUGCCAGGACAUAUUUUUGUCCAGGACAUAUUUUGGUCCAGCUCCUGUGAUGUGUGUGCACAAAUUUGUCUUAAUAUCUGGCAGAUGCUGAUAUUCCUGGCCAAAUAAAAAUUGCGACGCAAAAAGUACUGGACUCCUUAGGUUGAGGUCCUAGCCUAAUUCCCUGGCUGCUCUCUUUGCCUCCCCUGGCGAUCUGACAGCCUGGUAGCCCCAUGUUUAGUCUAACCAGGCCUCUUUCAAAGCCUUUCAACUGUUUAUUACAUAAUUUUCCCUGUUUGUUUUACAAAUACUAGUCCGUUUUAUCAUGCCAAAACAGCUCAGCCUCGCACAAAUCACUGAAGUAUUUGUGUAACAGCAAAGUUCCCACAGCAGGUCUGUGAAAGAACAGCCAGUCAGAGAGGUAUUGGGUGCCUGCCCUGGUGAGAAAGACUGGUGCUGUGAUAGCUUUGAUAGUUCUUUCUCAACCCUGUUUCUUUAUCCAGAGCUGCACCUAGCAGGAGGAGAAGGAGGGGGUUUGGAGAAUGAGCUGAUCUCACUGGUCGAGGAGAUUCUGUUUGAUGAUCUCUGUGUGAGAUAGAUGGCCUGACAUUACCCUGACUCUACUGAACUUAAAAAACAGAUUUUAAAGAAUCCUUUUCACCCCUACUUUUAAUAAAAUACAGCUAAUGAAAUUCAUGAAAUUCAUAGAAAAAAAUGGCUUUUGGAGUAAUUAUUGAUAUUUUCUUUCAUUUGUUCUACAGAUCACCAGCAUCCGUUUGUGGAGCACCAUUUCCCCACUCCAUACACCUUGCUUACAUACAGACAUGAGGCCACCCUAGUGAUUCCCUGUAGAACAUCUUCUCCUGACCAGAUUGUCACUCUUGAAGGGGUAAGACUUUUUAUGAUUAUUAGUUUCUGUAUCUUAAAAAGGGGCAUAUCAUUCACAUUCUCUUUCACAAGAGAGCAAAUGUUAGCAUUUAUUAUUAUUAUGCUAAGCAAUGUUGACCAGUUGUACACGCUUUGAGAUAGUAUGGGCAUGAGACUGAUUACUUUACCAGAGUGUACCUUGAAAGUCUGCCAUUGACGUCACUGAAGUCAAGAUCGCAAAGAAACAUGGUAAACACAGGCCCUGUGCACUAUGGGCAUCUUAUGUGUUCUCACACCCAUCAAACGGUAGGCCACUCAAGCAUUCGGAAACGGACAGUGGCCACGGAGAGGGGAAGCUCAGGGGCAGGAGAGGGAGUCAUCCUGUCUGCUUCCUGCUAAGAACAGGAAGGUCCUCUAAGGUAGUUAUUCUGCAGAAUAGAAUCUCUCUCUAAAUAUAGAAGACCUCUUGUUUUAAACAUUUUGUCCAGAAAAUGCUGGUCUAAAAAGCAAUACAUAUCCAAUCAGAGGAAACAAUAGGCUGAUGAUGCUCCUGAGGAGAGUUAAGUGGUUUUUAAUCAAACUAUAGGAGGAAAUCUCUCUCGGAGGAGUUGGGUGCACAGUACUAGGUCACAGUGACCAAGCUCCUUGUCUUAUUACAGUAUCCUAUAACAUGAGACGGCCUUCCUAUAAACCAUGUGCAACAAUGAACAGAGUGGGACUUCUGCUGCAUGUUGCCAUGAUGCCAGAGCUCAGAGCCGCCACCUUCAACAAUCGAUGGCUGUGCUUGUAUUCACAGGGUUGAUUUAUAGCUGUGUGUCACAAUGCCUUGGACAUGGACAAACAUGUCUUAUUCAGAUGGCAAAUAUAGUGGGUUGUGUGACCUCCCUGCUACUGGAAGAUCUAUGGCAUUUCUCCUUCCUCCCUGCUUCCUUACUUCCCCUCGCUCUCCCAGCAGCAUAACACUUGGCUGGAGAACAAACAACCGCAGUAGUAGGCCUUAACCACAUCCAUCCAUUUCAUCCCUUGUUCAAAGUCAACAGUGCUCCGUGCAUCGCUGCGUGAAUAAUUGCGAUAGUUACACUCCAUAAAACCGUAAAAAUGAAUUAGACGUCGGUUCUAACGGGCAGUCAUCUCCAGCUGAGCUCAUUGGAGUGUGGAGUUUCAUAUCAAAGCCACUUUAGUCUGACUGGCUGAGUGCUUUUUAAAGACUGCAGAACUAAAAGUGUGACUAAACAUAUAAGCCUCUUGAUAAACACUUUGCUAUCUGUCUCUUCUUUCAGCUGCCACCCUUAUCAGAGGAGAUUGAACAAGGGAAGGAAUGGGACCCCAAAAUAGGCUUCAAGAUCCCAUAUGGUCCCUACGAAUCCUUUAGUUUCCUGAUCUGUGUCACCAGCGUCAACGGCCAACGGGUCGAGUCCCGCUACAUCCCUUGGAGGCUAAGUGAGUCACUUCUCCUUUUCUUAUUGAGCUUUUAACCUUGUACUGCAGUGGGAUAAAUCAGGGUUACACAGAGUGUUUCUUGGUAGUCUAAAACAAAUCUGCUUUGACACAAAACUAUACACCUCACACACAUGGUUAUGGGCUUAAAACAAAAUAGAAAUGUAUUCAAUUUUGAGUUUGCAUUCCAAUAUUACACUUGAUAUACAUUACAGAAGACUGAAAUAUAACAAAACCGUUCCCAUAGAAACACCGGAUUUUCAGAGGGUUUCUUUAAAUAGUGUUCAUUAAUUAUGAAAUUAUGAAACAUAUUUAUAACAUUCCACCCUUGAGGCCACUAGGUCAUGUGACUGCAGGAAAGGGCUACGAGAGACAGGGAAAUUACUGAGGAUGUUGAUUCAUUUUCACUGUCUUCCCUUCUAACUCUGCUUGCAUAGCUACCUUCCUGAGGAAUGUAAAGAUCAACCCAGAACGUAACAAGCUGUUAGUGGGAGAAACCCUGGUCCUCAACUGCUCUGCAGAGACCACCUUCAACGGAAGGAUCAACUUCCACUGGGAAUACCCAAAGAGGAUGGUAAGUUCUAAGUCAUUCAACAUCUGGACUUCCUGACGGGCCGCCCCCAGGUGGUAAGGGUAGGCAACAACACAUCUGCCAUGCUGAUCCUCAACACUGGGGCCCCUCAGAGGUGCAUACUUAGUCCCCUCCUGUACUCCCUGUUCACGCACGACUGCGUGGCCAAGCACGACUCCAACACCAUCAUUAAGUUUGCUGACGACACAACAGUGUUAGGCCUGAUCACCGACAACGAUGAGACAGCCUAUAGGGAGGAGGUCAGAGACCUGGCAGUGUGGUGUCAGGACAACAACCUCUCCAUCAACGCGAUCAAGACAAAGGAGAUGAUCGUGGACUACAGGAAAAGGAGUGCCGAACAGGCCCCCAUUAACAUCGACGGGGCUGUAGUGGAGUGGGUCGAGAGUUUCAAGUUCCUUGGUGUCCACUUCACCGACUAUCAUGGUCCAAACUCACCAAGACAGUCGUGAAGAGGGCACAACAACACCUUUUCCCCCUCAGGAGACUGAAAAGAUUUGGCAUGGGUCCCCAGAUCCUCAAAAAGUUAUACAACUGCACCAUCGAGAGCAUCCUGACCGGUUGCAUCACCACCUGGUAUGGCAACUGCUCGGCAUCCGACCGUAAGGCGCUACAGAGGGUAGUGUGUACGGCCCAAUACAUCACUGGGGCCAAGCUUCCUGCCAUCCAGGACCUAUAUACUAGGCGGUGUCAGAGGAAGGCCCAAAAAAUUGUCAAAGACUCCAGUCACCCAAGUCAUAGACUGUUCUCUCUGCUACCGCACGGCAAGCGGUACCGGAGCGCCAAGUCUAGGUCCAAAAGGCUCCUUAACAGCUUCUACCCCAAGCUACAAGACAGCUGAAUAAUUAAUCAAAUGGCCACCCGGACUAUUUACAUUUUUGCUUGAGUUUAUUUAGUAAAUAUUUCUUGAACUGCAUUGUUGGUUAAGGGCUUGUAAAUAAGCAUUUCACAGUAAGGUCUACACAUGUUGUAUUUGGUGCAUGUGACAAAUAACAUUUGAUUUGAUUUUUAAGAUUACUGGUCAAUUACUGGUAAAUGUUUCAGGCUUGUUGAUGAAUGCCUUUGCGUCCCCAGGUCAAUCGGAACCCCACCGUCAAGAAGACCAGAGAGAAUCCGGCUUCGAUCACCAGGAUGUACAAAGCCAUCACCUUGUCCAACAUCACCAUGGACGACAGGGGCACGUACAGGUGCACGGCUGAGAUAGGGAACGCUGAGAUGGGGAACAAGAUGCACGCCUCAGCCAAGGUCACCAUCUAUGGUGGGUCAGUGUGUUAGGAACUGGUACUGCGUGAAGACAAGGUCUCACUGAGCUAAGGCAGAGACAGACAUAACUCCAUUGUAAGCUUAAUCUUGGGCAAUGAUUGUGUGAUCUCAUUUAUAAUACAUUUAUAGUGUUGUUUUUCGACAGUCGUUUUAAUGCUCUUGCAAUUGGUCUUCUUCUGUGUGAUUUCAGAACAUCCAUACCUGAAUGUAUCCUAUAAGAAUGAAUGGGCCAGGAGAGUGGUCUACACAGAGGGAAGAAACAAGCUGAUGUUUGAACCCAAGGUCAAUGCACUGCCACCACCAGACACCAUCACAUGGUAAGACUGAGUUCAUCUGCUGGGACUAUUCACUGUGUGUAUUGUCAACUCCUAAUGAAUAUAAUAGCUCUGUUGUGACUGUGGGCACUAAACUGAAGCAUGCAAGUAUUUGAUUUGGGAUAUAGAGUUGCUCACUAAUUAUCAUCACAACUUUCAUAUCAGUACAUUAUGAUUAGCUGAACUUCUAAAGCAAAUGUCGGAGUAUCUCGUUCCCAGGUAUAAGGAUGGCGUCCCCAUCAACGAGAACUCCACUUGUUACGAGUCUUCAGGCUACAACCUCCUCAUCAAGGACGUGAAGCAGAAGGAUGCCGGGGUCUUCACCAUCGCCCUGGGCAACAAGGAGAGAGGCCUCUACAGGAAUCUCAGCUACACUCUGGUAGUCCGAGGUAAAGCUCCUUUUAUAUCGCCGUUAUAUCCCAUCCUAUAUCCCAUUCCUUAUCCCUCCAAAUGACUGGCCAUCCUGAGGAAAUGAAGCAAUGGCCUGGACUUUGGGCCUCAGCAUUUCGAGCAGCCUCAGCGCUUUGGGUUCUUGCCUCUGGUUGGUCCUGGGCUGCAGGUAGCAGCUGCUCCAGUAUGACAGGAACCCAGCCUCUCUAGCUCCUCACAUACAGGUGCACGGCUGAGAUAGGGAACGCUGAGAUGGGGAACUAGAAGCACGCAUCAGCCAAGGUCACCAUCUGCGGUGGGUCAGUGUGUUAGGAACUGGUACUGCGUGAAGGCAAGGUCUCACUGAGCUAAGGCAGAGACAGACAUAACUCCAUUGGAAGCGUCAUCUUGGGCAACCAUUUAUUUACAUCCUCUCCAUGUGUAUGUAGCCCAUCUGGCCCAGCACCGCUCAUGUAAACAACUGUGUUCUGUACAUUAUAUAGGGCUAUUUGUGUACUUUAUAUGCUUUAGCAAAGAGCGUUCAAACAAAUAUAUUGCAAUGAUUGCCAUGUAAAUACUGAUGGUUGUUAACACCAGCGGUUAUAGAAGUGCUCGGUAUUAUGUUCUAGGGCUUUGAUCAUGUGUUGGAUGGAGAGUCGAGGAGUGCAAUCUGCUUGCCGUUAAGAACACGUGUGCCACUCAGAUACUACUCCAAGCUGGCGAUGGGGGGCAAAAGAACGCAUCACAAAGUAUUUCCAUCCCAUUCCCUGCACAUUACCCAUGAAUCCCCCUACCAUGCCAAAGUGGAAAGAUCAGCCCCCCUCUCCAACAUAUAAAUGUUAUCUAUGGACCCUCGCUGUCCUGAUUGCUCGACGCAACAUAAUUAUUGGAAUGGCAAAAAAUUUACCACUCUCACAGACAAAAACAAAGAAAGGAGAAAUCAAGAGAGAUUCCUGGGAACAAUUAGGCAACCAUUUUAAACAUCGUUCUUCAAGAGUUUGAAGUUUAGCCCAGUGCUUCAGAUCUCAAAUAUUCAGCAGCCGGAGCUUGAAUUGAGGACAUUGCUGAGAGAAACCAUGUCACGACUUCAGCCUCAGCCUCACCAAUGCACGCAGGCACACAAACAAAACAAACACAAACACACACACACACACAAUGACUGUUGGAGAAUGAUUAACUGAUGUUAGCAGAGCAUUCCACUGGAGGUGGCAUCAAGUCUGUCCGUCCGCCAGUCAGUCUGGUGUUGAUUACUGCUGUGCUCUCCCACACUGCUGAUCCACUGACCUGGGCCUGGGCAUAGGGCCACAUCUGGCCCAGAGGCAGCAGGGUAGAGGUCAGGCUCUGAGACACUGGGACACCCUGAUGUGAUGGACAACCACAGGGUAUCAGGGCUAUGCAAUCACUCAGCACUUGAAAGCCCACUCUCAGAGGCUAGAAGACAACUGGAUGUUGAUGGCACCUUUUCCAUGGUUAUUCAUCAUGAUGACGGACCUCUCUAUCAUUAUAAAGACAUUAUGACCUCCAACAGCCAGGUAGAGUGUAAUGGUUGAUGCAACAGUGUCUGAUCUCUUUGUCUGUGUCUUAGUGAGGCCUAUGAUCUCAGAAGAGGAGGUGGCCUCGGUGGAUGUACAACCAUACAUGUUCGGCAAGCAACACCAGCUAACCUGCACCGCCUUUGGAGUGCCCAUGCCCGACAUCACAUGGCUCUGGCAACCAUGCCAUCCUGACCCCACCGACAAAGAGUGAGUCACUCUAAACUAAAUCAUGAACUAUACUGUGAAGACCAUUUUGUUUGAAUUCACCUACUGCAUUAGUGCCUUUUAACCUUAACCCAUUUAGUAACACAAUUCUGUGUUCUUCACUUCUUGUUUUUCACUUUCACAAUGAACCUUCAUUGGUAAUGUACUUCCAUUGUUUUUCAGUAAACCAUAAGAAUACCAUAGAACUGGGAAGAUACAGUAUCAAUGCCAUGCACAAUCAUAAGACACGACUUCCAAGAACCAAAGCAAUAAACCCAGAACUUAGAUGAAAGUCAUAUCUUCUUCCUCAAACACCCAGCCUAUGGAUCAAAAGGAUCUGAGUCAUCAGGACCAUCUGACUACAGGUUCGACUGACAGAAAUGGCCAGUUUCAUGCAGAUAACAGAGAGGUCACAGGGAGAGUUGUGUGUUUUCUCAUCCUGAAGUCACUGUGCAUUUCUAGUUAUUUCUGUAGGUAUGGUGAAACACUGCCUUGUCCACACUGCCUUGAGUUGUAUUGUCCUCUGUCAGGCCUGUAUGAACAGACAUUAUUGCUAAAGCAGACCAGCAUUGUCUUAGCCAGUGCACAUCCUGGUUAUGUUUUGGAUGAGUGUUUAGGUUUGUUGGACGCUGAGCUCAGCUGUCACAGUAUUGGAACUGGAUCACACAAACACCCCCCCCCCCCCCCACACACACACACACACGCACACACACACACAUGCACGCACACACACACACACGCACACACACACACACACACACACACACACACACACACACACACACACACACACACACACACACACACACACACACACACACACACACACAGACAGACAGACAGACAGACAGACACACAGACACACAGACACACAGACACAAAACCAGAUCAUCUGUGUGAGUCUGGAGUCCAGAACCACCGGGCUAGCCUGGGGCUCCUUCUCCUUAAACAGGCCUGCAUCCGUUUAAUUGACUCUGGCCCAAAACACAGACAUUUAUCAAAGAAAUGCAGCCCCGGAGAAUUCCCCACUCAUUUGUGGCCAGUGGCUCUGUGGGCGGGGAGAGAGAAUAUAUUAAAACUUUUUUUUAUUGCUAACAAGCAUUGUUCAAUACUGCGGAUACAUGUGCAAAACUCUAAAUACAGUUAUCACAACAACACUCUAUGUGGCAACCUGUGGAUCAUUUGUCAUUGCUUUGACACAAAAUGCAUUCAAUGACAACAUCUUUCAAAUUACAUAAAUACUUGUCUCACAAAAACACAUUUACCAACAAAACUCUAUGUAUCAUUUUACAAAUGUUAAUAUACCCUUAUCAAAACGGUUAACGGUUAGUAACAGUGAAUGUCCCAGGCCAGAGGGGUGCCAACAUCACAAUGUGUGCCGCAAUAUCCUCUGAAGGAUUGCUGUUACAUAAACCACUAAUUGGUCCAUACAACACAGAGUGCCUCAUUUCCUUCAUGGCUGACCUCUAUGGAAGGCUUUUGCCAGGUGAAGAAUGGGACAAGUCAGAAGAAAUAUGAAAACCUAGGUGAUUGUAUGGGACAAUGUGGCAUUUCACCACUCCCAUUCAGUCACAGAGUGGUUUGCAGCCCAUCCUGGGAUGGUGACACUUUUCCUCCCCCCUUACUCGCCCUUCCUCAACCCCAUAGAAUAAUUAUUUUCCUCAUGGAGGUGGAAAGUUUAUGACCACCAUCCACAUGAUCAAAUGUCACUCUUGGAUGCAAUGAAUGCAAGAUGCCUGGAUAUCUCUGCAGAAGAUUACCAGGGAUGGAUCAGGCAUGCAAAGAGAUUAUUUCCCAGGUGUAUUGCACGAGAGGCCGUACGGUGUGAUGUGGAUGAGAACUUGUGGCCCAAUGCAGCAGACAGGGUUGACUAGCAUUGUUAUAUAUCUGUUUCAUUUGGACAAUAUGCUAUGCAUAUUCAUAGUGUGUAUACACUUUUUGUUUGUUUAACGGUACUGGAUUUAUUUAUUUUUGUGUAUUUUGGAAUUACUCUGCAAAAAGCAAAAUACAGUAAUUUGCAAAAAUACAGUAAAUUGUAUUGAAGCAUAUUGCAGCCUUUCUGCUUUAUUUCUUUACAUAUCUUGCAGGACAUUCUAUACAGUACAGGUUUGCCACUCUUCUUUUGUAAAAAUGACUGUUGGUUCAUAAAAAUAUAAAAAGAUAUUAAAGACAAAUUGACACAUUUUCAAGUGGUAGCUGUUUUUAGAGUUGUGUAGGUCAUGAUACUAUGAAUGACAAAGUGUGCAUGUCGUGAGAGACUGUUAGCUUUCAUUUAGUAGAAAGAUUUGCUUUUGAGAAAUGUAGGAUGUGCAUUGCCAAGUUGCAUGUUGUUUUUAUAACUGUAUUUAGAGUUUUGCACAUGUAUCCGCAGUAUUGAACAAUGCUUGUUAGCAAUCGAAAAAAACUGUAGUCUCAGACUCCCCAAGCUUUUAUAGAGCUGAACGGGACAGAGCGUGUGGUAUGAGUGACUGGGCGUGAAUGUCGACCUGCUAGUGAACCUUAAACAACAUGAACAUUCCCUGAAAGCAAGAGCAGCCAGACCCCAGUCAGUGACAGCAGGGGUCCUUUCUGAGGCAUAAGAUCAGACAAACAAUGGGCCAUUACCGCGGGGUUAUCAGGACCCAACACCGCUAGAAAAACACGGCUCUGGACGGCCUCACAAUGGAGGGCUUGAAUUAUGUUACACUUCAUGCGCAUUAACUUGACAAGUGCUUCUGUUAAUUAUCCAUAAUUAUUGGUUAAAAAACCCACUCCUGGUUGCCAAAUUUGUCACAGAAAUAAUGGCAGAGGGUCAAGCUGUGUCAACGUGCCCCGUUUCUGCAGCCGUAAAGAUAAUCAGCUCUGGCAAUGGAAACAGUGGCUCAUAAACGUUUGACGCUGAAAAGGGCCUGUUUUUUCAACAGCUAAUGAGGGAGGUGCAUCAGACAGAGAAACAGCCCAGGCCAGCCACGGCCUGAUUGGAGGCAGAUUGAGUCAAAUGUUUGUUUUAUACAGUUCAGACCCCCUUCAAGUACCUGUCACUGCAAAUUGACCACUUACCAUUUCAGGAUGGGACCUCGUAUAAAUCACGAAUCACAGUCCCCUUGUGGUUGGGGAAGCGUAACGUCUCAGAUAGCAGUUGGGAGUUAAAGAAAGAGUGAUUGGGAGAUGGGGAGAGAUGAAGGGGGGGGGGGGGUCUUUCUUUAUCAGCAGCAGGGUAAGAUGGUAUCAGCUGUUCCUUGUUGACCCACCAAGGUCUGGGGAACAGGCUUAUCUCCUCUGGCCAGAGAGUGGGGGAGGUUUCCUGUUCAAGGUGACGUAUAGCCAGCAGCAUACUACCCUGCAUCCCUCUGCUGGCUUGCCUCUGAAGCUAAGCAGGGUCGGUCCUGGUCAGUCCCAGGAUGGGAGACCAGAUGCUGCUGUAGUGGUGUUGGAGGGCCAUUAGGAGGUGUUUUUCCUCUGGUCUAACAUUUUUUAUCGUGAUUGGGGACGUUCCUCUGUGUAGGAUGCCAUCUUUUGGAUGGGACGAUAAACGGGUGUCCUGACUCUCUGUGGUCACUAAAGAUCCCAUGGCACUUAUUGUAGGGGUGUUAAUCCUGGUGUUCUGACCAUCCAUACCAUCAUGGCCACCUAAUCAUCCCCAGCUUCCAGUUGUCUCAUUUAUUCCCCCUCCUCUCCCCUGUAACUAUUCCCCAGGUUGCUGCUGUAAAUGAGAAUGUGUUCUCAGUCAACUUACCUGGUAAAAUAAGGGAUAAAUAAAAAGCAUAGCAUAGGCCUUCCUGUCACACUGCCGUUUCGUCCUGCCUGCCUGACUGCCUUGCUCCUUAUCAGCCUGAUUGUUCCCCUCAGCAGGCAGUCUGGUUUAACUGGGCUGUAGCCCACUGCACCCUAAAAGGCCACACAAAAGCUAUGGUGUUAGUCAGAGCUCUUAGGGCUUAGUGCCUGCCCGUUCAGAGUUACACAUUGUCAAACUGUUUGGACAGCUAUCGCUGGUCCAUAGUAUCAAUCGAUGGUCCAUAGUAUAUUUUCUGGUACCCACUAAUUAAAUACAGGAAAUGAUGACAUGGCCACACAACAUCCUGCUCUAACAGUCUCCUGUCCAAUAUUCUGUACUAAUUUACAAAACUGAGUUCAUACUUUAGGUAACCUACAGCUGUUUUGUCUAGUUGAGUAAUCACUAGUUUCCUCUGUCCUGCAGGUGCACCCUUUACACUGAGCCAAUCCCAGUUCAAAUGGACGAUAAGGGGAACUACUCACACAACUGGAUUGACAGCAUAAACAACAAAACUGAACUGGUGAAAGGAAAGAACAAGGUAUGUGUAUAGUAUGGUUUUGAUCUCAUUAGAUUUGUAACAUGACACUGCUUAACAUUGCACAACUUAGUCCUCUGUAGCUCAGCUGGUAGAGCACGGCGCUUGUAACGCCAAGGUAGUGGGUUCGAUCCCCGGGACCACCCAUACACAAAAAUGUAUGCACGCAUGACUGUAAGUCGCUUUGGAUAAAAGCGUCUGCUAAAUGGCAUAUUAUUAUUAUUAUUAGAACAAUGAUUCAUGUGGGUGUACUUUUCAUAUAUGAAUCAGGUUUGAUAAAUAUACAGUAUCUGAGCAGAAAUAUAAAUUUCAAUGACAAAAUAGUUGUGCAGUACAACAAUUACUUUGAGAUUUACUGUAUGAGAAAGGGAUUUAGAGUAAAUGUCCAUAUAGAGGGCUCGGAGAGAUGAACACUGAAGUGGAAAUCUCCAUGACCGUUCUCUUUGAGAUGGCAACAUCUGAAAACAAUAAAUCUAGGCAAUCCCCAACCUCAUAUUGGCAGUGAUGCCUUGUUAUUCUAUGUUUUAUAAUGAUUAAUUCUAUCUGCAUCAAUUUAGACUUAUGUAACUGUGACCAAAAGUUAUGGAAGGAACAUCAAUAUGCAUGUAUAAUGAAAUAUAGUACAGUACAGUCUGUACAGUACAUCGUAAAAACAGUUAAUUUAUACAUUGUAAUAUAAAACAUGUACAGAGAAAAAGCUAUAUAUGGUCAAAUACAUUUAGUGUAUACCCAGUAGGCAUAUUUAUGACAAUGAAACCCACUUUAUUGUUUACGCUGCAGUAACUGCCACUAAAGCAACUCAUCUGUCAUUUCGCAUAUGCUGUCAGCAACAAACAGACCAUCAUAUCUGACAUGAUUUGCUUUUUAUUAAAAGAAGCCCCUUAGCCUUCAAUUAAGGUCAAAGCAAGUCGAGUGCCAGAACUGCCAUGAAGAAAAAGUAUUUUGGCUCUCUUCAGGGCUGCUUUCCUGAAUCAUUCGUCCAUCUGCCCCAUUAACUGAAAGACACAGUUCAUUUCACCCUGCUGGAGUGAAAAACACCCUCAGAACAAAACGCAGACCUUGGAUCUAAAGCAGCUAGGCCUGUAAAUGAUGCAGCUGCCUGGUUUUCCAGAGAGCAGCGUUUAUUCUGACAUCAGUGGAUCUUUGUCUGUUGGAACACUGAGGGCUGUGGAGCUCCUCGUAAACAGCCCAAUACAGCCAUACGGCUCAAGCCAUGCGUGUGCAGACAGCGGAGAAUGGACUUUUAUAGGUUCCCUCCUAACUCCACUGACCUCUGAAGAGAUCAGCCGUAAUCGCUGGAACUACUGAAACAACGUUUGGAAAUUGGAAUAAUUUGUUAUUUUCAUUUUUUUCAGCAUAUCUGUAUUAUUACAGCAAAGUUGAAUGUAAUGGUUAGGUAUAUGGGGACCACAAUAGGUAUGCAAAGAAUUACAAUCUUAAAAGUGUUCACCUGGGACUCCUUGACCAUAUAACCCCACAACUAUUAGUUCCUAAGUCUACAAUAGAAGUUUCUACAAUUUGCCCUGCAGUUUACUAAAAAUCACUUCUUCUCACAUAAAAUGGCCCACAUAUUGGCAUGCGUUCCCAAAGCAUACUGAACAUGGAGACUGUAUACAUUACAGCACAUGUCCUAGAGGAGCUUGUUACCAAAACCAUUCACCUCAAACGUAAUUAAGUGCAGGCCUCAACUGCUUUCCCCAAAAGCCCAUCUAUAGGAUUAGUUGAAAUCCGCCGUUCUAACAUACUGUCAAAUUGGGGCAUAAAUCUAGCCAGCAUAUAAGCAUUUCAACAGCACAAGCAAACCUACCAGCAAAGAAAAUACUGGUAAUAAUGAGUCAUUACUCAAACACGUAUGCUGGUGUAGUAAAUCUUAUGAAACUGUAUUUCUCCAGCUUUCCCCUAUAGGAGAUUUGUGAAGGUGUUUCCCCCUCUGAUGAUGCAUGGUUGAUGGGAUUUCGAAUCAUGCUAAUGGUAUACUUACUGUAAAGAAUGGGAAUCAUGCUAAUGGUAUACUUACUGUAAAGAAUGGGAAUCAUGCUAAUGGUAUACUUACUGUAAAGAAUGGGAAUCAUGCUAAUGGUAUACUUACUGUAAAGAAUGGGAAUCAUGCUAAUGGUAUACUUACUGUAAAGAAUGGGAAUCAUGCUAAUGGUAUACUUACUGUAAAGAAUGGGAAUCAUGCUAAUGGUAUACUUACUGUAAAGAAUGGGAAUCAUGCUAAUGGUAUACUUACUGUAAAGAAUGGGAAUCAUGCUAAUAGAAUACAGUGCAUUCGGAAAGUAUUCAGACCCCAUUUUUUUUGGUUACAGCCUUAUUCAAAAAUUGAAGAUGUUUUACCCCUCAUCAAUCUAUACACAAUACCCCAUAAUGACAAAUUAAAAACAGGUUUGUAGAUUUCUUUGCUAAUUUAUUAAAAAUAAACAACUGAAAUAUCACAGUAAGUAUUUACAUAAGUAUUCAGACCCUUUACUUAGUACUUUGUUGAACUACCUUUGGCAGCGAUUACAGCCUCGAGUCUUAUUGGGUAUGACACUACAAGCUUGGCACACCUGUAUUUGGGGAGUUUCUCCCAUUCUUCUCUGCAGAUCCUCUCAAGCUCUGUCAGGUUGGAUGGGGAGCGUCGCUGCACAGCUAUUUUCAGAUCUCUCCAGAGAUGUUCGAUCGGGUUCAAGUCUGGGCUCUGGCUGUGCCACUCAAGGACAUUCAGAGACUUGUCCCGAAGCCACUCCUGCAUUGUCUUGGCUGUGUGCUUAGGGUUGUUGUCCUGUUGGAAGCUGAACCUUCACCCCAGUCUGAGGUCCUGAGCGCUCUGGAGCAGAUUUUCAUCAAGGAUCUCUCUGUACUUUGCUCCGUUCAUCUUUUCCUCGAUCCUGACUAGUCUCCAAGUCCCUGACGCUGAAAAACAUCUCCACAGCAUGAUGCUGCCACCACCAUGCUUCGCCGUAGGAAUGGUGCCAGGUUUCCUCCAGACGUGAUGCUUGGCAUUCAGGCCAAAGAGUUCAAUCUUGGUUUCAUCAGACCAGAGAAUCUUGUUUCUCAUGGUCUGAGAGUCCUUUAGGUGCCUUUGGCAAACUCCAAGCGGGCUGUCAUGUGCCUUUUACUGAGGAGUGGCUUCCUUCUGGCCACUCUACCAUAAAGGCCUGAUUGGUGGAGUGCUGCAUAGAUGGUUGUCCUUCUGGAAGGUUCUCUCGUCUCCACAGAGGAACUCUGGAGCUCUGUCAGAGUGACCAUCGGGUUCUUGGUCACCUCCCUGACCAAGGCCCUUCUCCCCCGAUUGCUCAGUUUGGCUGGGCGGCCAGCUCUAGGAAGAGUCUUGGUGGUUCCAAACGUCUUCCAUUUAAGAAUGAUGGAGGCCACUGUGUUCUUGGGCACCUUCAAUGCUGCAGAAUUUUUUUGAUACACUUCCCCAGAUGUGUGCCUCGACACAAUCCUGUCUCGGAGCUCUACUGACAAUUCCUUCAACCUCAUGGAUUGGUUUUUGCUCUGACAUGCACUGUCAACUGUGGGACCUUAUAUAGACAGGUGUGUGCCUCCUGAGCUCAAUUUCAAGUCUCAUAGCAAAGGGUCUGAAUACUUAUGUAAAUAAGGUAUUUCUGUUUUUUAUUUGUAAUACAUUUGCAAAGAUUUCUAAAAACCUGUUUUUGCUUUGUCAUUAUGGGGUAUUGUGUGUAGAUUGAUGAGGAUUUGUUUUUAUUGAAUCCAUUUUAGAAUAAGGCUGUAACGUAACAAAAUGUGGAAAAUGCACUGUACAUUCUGUAAAGAACAGGACUCAUGCUGAUGGUAUGCAUACAGUAAAGAACAGGAAGGCCCACACACUGUUUAUGCUCCCAAUUCACCGCUUUAUUGACUACGUAUCGAUCCAAAACUGAUCUCCUUCAGGUACAUACUGUACACACCUAGUAAUAGAGGGCUUAGGCCUCAUUCACUUCCAACGCAACCAAUCUCUGAUUGACAUAAAUAGGAAGACACUCCUUAUUUACCUGUGUUUUAUAGGGGUGAGGACUAAGGGUCAGUGAUAACAAGCACCGGUUUGUUGGGAGAUAAUUAUUUUCUGUCACCCCACAUAAAUCGCUGUUCUCCGUGAAUGAGAGUAGAGUGUUAAUCAGGUUUGCAGGGCCAGCCUCAGAGGGGCUCCUGGUGGAGAGGGGGACCGACCGGGCUGGGUCACAGCACCAGGGAAGGAGGGAGGAGAGAGGCAUGGGCCCUCCCUGGGGUCACAGUGCAUCUGGUCAGGUCACCACUUAGGGACAGAGUACACUUGUUGAAACGACUGUUUUCCAGCUCACGUUACAUCGUCAUGAGUAAUGAAAGUAACAACACCACACAACUACUCCAUCAGUGCUCUGACCAAUGUCAUAACGACUCGGGGUAGACAACUUAACACAACUUUUAAGUAGCUUUUCCAUCCAAACAUGUUUACACAGCGCACACUCACAAUAUGAGCUGCAACAUUGAAACCAUAUUAAAAGAGUGAAAAUGUGUCACACACAGUCCAGUCUCAUGGCUAAAGCCCUGUUUCUGAGGGGCAGAGCACAAUGACGCUAGAAACCCAGGAAGUUGACACCACCCAGACAAUACAGCCACAGCAUUCAGCACCUUUGAUGUAGCUGCUCUGAAAACAGAUGUUGUUCUGAACACAAAACAGAACCCCACGCGAUCUGGCCCCUUGCCCAAAUCGUACUUAGUGUUGUGUCUACUUAAGCCAUUAAACGGGUUCCAAUCCAACGGUGAUAGAAUCGAGUGUGGCAUUGUAAAUGCUCUUCAGGAAAUGACACGGCGGGCCAGGCACUCUUUCUGUGGAGCUGUGCUGCGGGGUCCAGAUGUAUCCUUCCAUUAUUGUGAUGAGAGUAUAAAACAGGCUCGGCCUAAGGCAGACCUCUGACACACUCACUAAUGGCAAAUAGCCACUCUGAUGUUGAUGGAAAAUCUGCUGGGGUAUUUCAAAAGACAUUGUGUCAGUGCGUAUGGAUUGAGGUAUAAUGAAUCUUAUGCCAACCUGAACAUUUUUCAUUUAACCUUUAUUUAUACAGGUUAGUCUCAUUGAGAUAAAAUCUAUUUUGAAGGAUAUAUAGUGUACAGCAUUUGCUGGCUGUACUGUAGAUCUAAUGAUUGGCUUAUUCACUCUCCUCCAUAGACUGUGAGUACGCUAGUGGUGGGGGCGGCUAACGUCACGGGGAUCUACUCCUGUGCGGCCCAGAACAAACUUGGCACCCGUACACUGAAAACCCCCUUCUAUGUGGACGGUAAGUGGGUCAACUUAACACUACACAACGUGGGGAGUUGAUUGAAAGAACAACAUUGGAUAUUUUUUAUACAGCAUAAGGCGAAAUUACAAGCAGAAAUGCUCGAGUGGUUUUUAUUUUUACGGGCCAGGCAUACAGUGUAACUGUGACAUACAUGAAGUUUCGCUUCCAGUGACCACACAUAUGCACUGUAAUGAAUUGCGUGGCAAGCGCAAGAAUGCACAGAUUGUACUGUGCAAUAAAGAUUGCAGAUGGAGGCAUUAAUUUAAACCAUCUUCCUCUGGAGCAGGCAGGCUUCAGGACUGAACGGAAGAGGCAAACAUGUCCUGGGCCAUAUGGUGCAGUCUAAUACCGCAAGUUUAAAAACAGCUCUGAGCGUACACUGGAGCGCCGGCAGGCCAUUUCUCUUCUUUUUGGAGCCUGCUGCUGCAUGAAUCAUUUUUUUAUGCAUCUGAACAGUUCCAAAUGUUCAUGAAAUGAAAAUUCCAUCUAGUCCAGUUAUGUAAUGACAGGAGAAAUCAGCUGUCAGGUCACGCAAGCAGUCAUAACAGUGGAACAUUUUGAAAACCUGGACGUUUUUUAAGUUGAAAACUGAUUGAUUGUAAUUGGGAAUGGUGGUGACACUAUGAUUGGGGACACAGCUGAUGAUGCCAAACUCUGAGGAUCCGGAUGAGAAUAAGACAAUUCCCUAGAGGAAGUGCUGCAAUGUGCCACCAUUCCAGAGGUGGAGAUCGAGAGCACUGGAAUGCUACUGAAAAAGAGGACGGCAGAAUUGUAAUAACAGCUGUCUUCUCUUACGGAACACAGAAUGCUUUCCAGUGUUCUGAAUAAACAAACUCAGUCUGGCUCCCCCAAGGCCGACCCCGGCCUGAUUCCUAUUGCACUGCUGUAGGCUGAACAGCAGCGCUGCUCACCGCACACCGCCAACGUGCUUCCAAUUAACAGUGAUGAAACAGGAAAUAACUGCAAAUUUGGCAUUCCAGGUGUGGUGAUGCACAGCUUGAUGUUUCAGAGAUGUUCUUUCCCAGAAUAGGACAGCUUCAGUGUCUAUUUCGCUGAGAGGAGAGGGUUACAGGCAGUAACAAAGAUGCUCUUGUAACCCACUUGCACACUGUACAAUAAUCUAACCCAUGCUUAUGCAUUUACUAGGCACCCAAAUGGGGUGUCCUCCCCCACAAAAAGAAAUGCUCUAACACUCCUAAUGACCUGAUGUGUUUUUUCCCUCUCCCCCACCAGAUCACCCUCAGCACCUGGCCAUCGAGCCCCAGACUGCCAUCGAGGGUGAUGACGUUACUCUGACCUGCAGGGGGACUCGGUACCUGUACACAGACCUGCAGUGGAAGGACCCUCAGAACUACACCAUCACCAACAACGUCACGGCCCUGCAGCUCAGCCCCUACUCUAUCUCUCUCUCCCUAAGCCUGCACAAUGUGUCCAGGAAUCACACAGCAGGCUACCAGUGCUGGGCGCGCAACAUCCACAACAAGAAAGUCAUAGUCAAGACUGUGCUGACAGUGCAUGGUGAGGAAGUGACAGGGAGAACAUUGCCUGCUGGGUGUUCAAUGAGGUCUCUAACAGAACAGUAAUUGCAUGUUAUAGGGGUAUUGCCAAACUCUUUCUGAGAAUAAUAUGUUUGUAUUACAUCGUAUUUUGGGUUAAAAAGUGCCUGCUCCUGGAUAUAAUCCCACUCAUGAUUAUGAAAUUCAGUUGAGAGAUGAGAUUAGCUGAGGAAAAUCUUGAAUAGAAGAGUGAUCUAAUUCAGAUAUGCUUUUGUGAUUGAAACAGAGAGGAAGAGGCCGUGGCUGAGACAGAACCUGACCAAUCAGGAUGUAAACAGCAGCAGUACACUGACUAUGGCCUGCUACGCCCUGGGAGUGCCGCCACCCUACAUCACCUGGUACAAAGACAACCUACCAGUACAAGAGGGUCCAGGUAAGAACAGCUGGAAAUGACUCAGGAUUAGGGGCCCUGAGGUUUCCCUGGUUGGGUCACAUGAUCAGCAAAAUCUCCUGGGCCUACUCGUUGCUGAAUUGCUCAACCAUAUUAGUAAUUUCCUCCAUAGAAUCUGAGUUGUAGACUUCAUGCUGUGUUCCAGGUAUUACUCUGAGGGAUGAUGGGGUGCUGACGAUCGAGAGAGUGAAGAAAGACGAUGAGGGCUUGUACGAGUGUCUGGCCAGCAACGAUGAGGGAAGUGUGAAGGCCAGCGCUGUCGUCACUGUCGUGGGUGAGUCACUUACCUCUUUAUUUCCAUCAUAAUGGUCUUGACGAUAAUCUGAUGCAACCAAUUACCUUCAGAAGUCACAUAAUUAGUUAAAUAAAGUCCACCUGUGUGCAAUCUAAGUGUCACAUGAUCUGUCACAUGAUCUCAGUAUAUAUACACCUGUUCUGAAAGGCCCCAGAGUCUGCACCACCACUAAGCAAGGGGCACCACCAAGCAAGCGGCACUAUGAAGACCAAGGAGCUCUCCAAAGAGGUCAGGGACAAAGUUGUGGAGAAGUACAGAUCAGGGUUGGAUUAUAAAAAAAUAUCCGAACAUCCCACGGAGCACCAUUAAAUCCAUUAUAAAAAAAUGGAAAGAAUAUGGCACCACAACAAGCCUGCCAAGAGAGGGCCGCCCACCAAAACUCACGGACCAGGCAAGGAGGGCAUUAAUCAGAGAGGCAACAUGUCACGAUCGUCGGGAACAGAGGACCAAUGCGCAGCGUUAUUUGCGAACAUAUUUAUUAAAUAAAGAUCACACGAACAAAAACAACAAAACGAUAACGUGACGUCCUUGGAUCAAACACAACCUACUUGGAACAAGAUCCCACAAACACUGUGGGAAAACUGGCUGCUUAAGUAUGGUUCUCAAUCAGAGACAACAAGCAACAGCUGAUACACGUUGCCUCUGAUUGAGAACCACACUGGCCAACAUAGAAAUACAAUACUAGAAUGGAAAACAAAGAGCACAAAACAUACACUCUACACACCCUGGCUCAACAUAAAAGAGUCCCUAGAGCCAGGGCGUGACAGUACCCCCCCCCAAAGGCGCGGACUCCGACCGCGCCAACCAAACACCACAGGGGAGGGACCGGGUGGGCACCCCCGCCUUGGCGGCGGAUCCGGCUCCGGGCAUGAUCCCCACUCCCUCUCUAACCCCCCAAAGUACCCCUGGUCCGGUCUGGCCCUGCUGGCCAGAGCUGGACUGAACACUGGUGGAGCGGAUUGCUCUAGCUCCGGAGUGGAGCAGCUGACCGGUACCGGACCAGGCACCGGUGGAACAGGCACGGGCUGUGCCGGACUGACGACGCACACCACUGGCUUGGUGUGGGGAGCAGGAACAGGCCGAGCCGGGCUGGCGACGUGCACCAUAGGCUUGGUGCGGGGAGCAGGAGCGGGCCGGACCGGGCUGACGAAGCGCACCACUGACUUGGUGCAGAGAGCAGGAAUGGACCGGGCCGGGCUGGCGACGCGCACCACUGACUUGGUGCGGGGAGCAGGAACAGGCCGGGCCGGGUUGGCGACGCGCACCCUAGGCUUGGUGCGGGGAGCAGGAACAGGCCGGACCGGGCUGACGAAGCGCACCAUAGGCUUGGUGCGGGGAGCAGGUACAGGCCGGGCCAGGCUGGCAACGCGCACCAUAGGCUUGGUGCGGGGAGCAGGAACGGGCCGGACCGGGCUGACGAAGCGCACCACUGACUUGGUGCGGGGAGCAGGAACGGGCCGGACCGGGCUGACGAAGCGCACCACUGACUUGGUGCGGGGAGCAGGAGCGGGCCGGGCCGGGCUGGCGACGCGCACCAUAGGCUUGGUGCGGGGAGCAGGAACAGGCCGGGCCGGGCUGGCGACGCGCACCAUAGGCUGGGUGCGUGGAGCAGGAACAGGCCGGGCCGGGCUGACGUCAUGCACCACAGGCUCGAUGCGAGGAACAGGAACAGGCCGGACCGUACUGGGGACACACACCACUGGCCCUACGCAGGGAUCAGGAACGGGCCGGACCGGACUGGUAACACACCCCAGUACCUCUCGCCGUGCCUCUACACUUUCCCUCUCCUCUGUGACCAGUGGCCCCCUUAACCUGGCGGCCUCCUCUGCAAACCCGCUGGACCGCUCCAUCGCGGCCUCCUGCUGCCCUGUCGUCCACGGCGUGAGCCCCCCCCUAAAAAAUUUCUGGGUGUCUCUCCUCCCCGUGGACCAAGCCUCCCUAUCUCUCGCCAGACUCUUCCUCCACUGCUCCAAAGUCCAACCACUCUGCUCUUCAUUUGGCUUGGCCCAGUCGAGACUCUUCCUCCACUGCUCCCAAGUCCACCCUCUCUGCUCUUCACUAGGCUUGACCCAGUCGAGGUUGCCACGGAGAUCCGCUAGCGAUUCCCCUGGCGAUGGCUCCUGGACACGCUGCUUGGUCCAGUUUUGGUGGGAUCUUCUGUCACGAUCGUCGGGAACAGAGGACCAAUGCGCAGCGUUAUUUGCGAACAUAUUUAUUAAAUAAAGAUCACACGAACAAAAACAACAAAACGAUAACGUGACGUCCUUGGAUCAAACACAACCUACUUGGAACAAGAUCCCACAAACACUGUGGGAAAACUGGCUGCUUAAGUAUGGUUCUCAAUCAGAGACAAGAAGCAACAGCUGAUACACGUUGCCUCUGAUUGAGAACCACAUUGGCCAACAUAGAAAUACAAUACUAGAAUGGAAAACAAAGAGCACAAAACAUACACUCUACACACCCUGGCUCAACAUAAAAGAGUCCCUAGAGCCAGGGCGUGACACAACAAAGAGACCAAAGAUAACCCUGAAAGAGCUGCAAAGCUCCACAGCGGAGAUUGGAGUAUCUGUCCAUAGGACCACUUUAAGCUGUACACUCCAAAGAGCUGGGCUUUACAGAAGAGUGGCCAGAAAAAGCCAUUGCUUAAAGAAAAAAAAUAAGCAAACACGUUUGGUGUUCGCCAAAAGGCAUGUGGGAGACUCCCCAAACAUAUGGAAGAAGGUACUCUGGUCAGAUGAGACUAACAUUGAGCUUUUUGGCAAUCAAGGAAAAAGCUAUGUCUGGCGCAAACCCAACACCUCUCAUCACCCUGAGAACACCAUCCCAUGUUUUUCAUCGGCAGGGACUGGGAAACUGGUCAGAAUUGAAGGAAUGAUGGAUGGUGCUAAAUACAGGGACAUUCUUGAGGGAAACCUGUUUCAGUCUUCCAGAGAUUUGAGACUGAGGUGGAGGUUCACCUUCCAGCAGGACAAUGACCCUAAGCAUACUGCUAAAGCAACACUCGAAUGGUUUAAGGGGAAACAUUUAAAUGUCUUGGAAUGGCCUAGUUAAAGCCCAGACCUCAAUCCAAUUGAGAAUCUGUGGUAUGACUUAAAGAUUGCUGUACACCAGCGAAACCCAUCCAACUUGAAGGAGCUGGAGCAGUUUUGCCUUGAAGAAUGGGCAAAAAUCCCAGUGGUUAGAUGUGCCAAGCUUAUAGAUACAUACCCCAAGAGACUUGCAGCUGUAAUUGCUGCAAAAGGUGGCUCUACAAAGUAUUGACUUUGGGGGGGGGGUGGGGUGAAUAGUUAUGCACGCUCAAGUUUUCUGUUUUUUUGUCUUAUUUCUUGUUUGUUUCUCAAUAAAAAAUAUUUAGCAUCUUCAAAGUGGUAGGCAUGUUGUGUAAAUCAAAUUAUACAAACCCCCCCAAAAUCCAUUUUGAUUCCAGGUUGUAUGGCAACAAAAUAGGAAAAAUGCCAAGGGGGGUGAAUACUUUCGCAAGCCACUGUAUCAUUUUGUAUACAUUUUUCAAGAAUCAUAGAAAACACUAAAUUCCUCGGUGAACAACAGUUGACUAAUUGUUCCUGUGAUGUCCUUCCAGGUGAUGAGGGGAAGGCCAACAUUGAGGUGAUCGUCCUGGUGUGUACAGGAGCUGCUGCAACCUUCCUCUGGCUCAUGCUCAUCCUCUUCAUCCGCAAGCUGAGGAAGGUAACAAGAGAUCUCCCUGCAAUCACAGCUAGUUCUCUACUCUCUGUCUCACUCUUCUUGACUGUGAAGACAUUUGAGAGUGUAAGCUGUUUGGAUACUGCACUGGGGACUUGAAUCACCAUUCAUUUUUCACUAGGUUAAUUUAACCACAGCAUAAUGCCAUUAAAAAACAAUAAUUUUUUGUAACAAUGUGCAGACAGCAUGCCCUUCUCAAGACCUAUUCAAACAUCCACACUACAUUUUUGAGGUUUUUGUAUGUGAGCUUCAGGAGUGGAGUGCAAUCUCGCUAUACAGAUUUUGUCAACUGCGAUCACUGAAAUGUGUCUUGCGAAAUGCAGUUUAAUUGGGUGGGAUAAUUUUAGCUUGAUGUUUGCGAUUUCCACAUUUCCUGGCAUUGGAAAAGUUAUGAGCUCGUGUUUGUGUGUAUGACAAGAAAGUAGAGAACAUGCCUCAACAGUCCUAAGACAAUAGAAGUAGCUACAGUAAUAUUACAGCAAUGGCACAGUCAUGGUAGAGCAUGUGCUCUUGUCCUUUAGUUAACAUGAAAAUAAAUCAUGUUUGAUUUCACAUACUUACUGUACAUGAGCUCCAUCACCAUUUUCUUCUCCCUCUUCCCCCCCCCCUUCCAGUCUGUGGAUUAUAAGAUGGGUCCAUCCAUCAUCAUCGACCCAGACGAAUUUCCUCUGGACGAGCAGUGUGAACUCCUGCAGUACGACAGCAGCAAGUGGGAGUUUCCCAGAGACCGCCUCAGACUGGGUGAGUAACUUACUACACCAUACAGCACUGGUAGGGUCUAAGAAGUCACUCACCAUGACGACGCUGUAACUCAAAGGCCUUUAGGCACCAUGAAGGGGCACCUACUGUAAGUGUAUUUAUUUGUUCACCCUACACUUCACAUCAACAGGUUAAUGUAAUUUUGAUGAGGUGUCACCCAUAACUCUGUGUCCUCUUAAACUGUGCGACCCUGUUUGCCCAUUACAUUGAAAUAUAGUCCCAGAGAGGAUGGUAUGUGGCAGAAGUGUCACCCCCCUGUGAAGAGGGUGUAGCGUCGUUAGUGUCCUGGUCUUAACGGCACUAUAUAUCCUCUGGAGGAGCGCUUCACGGGCCCAGUGGUCAGAACCUCAGCAGGUUGUUGUAGCCCUUUCCUGCAGUCAAUGACAAAAAGCGCCCUCUUUGGCCUCAUUGGUGGAAUGGUAUUAAUAUUUUUCUUAAUUAAAUAAUGAAAAAUGAUUCUUAUUUUUUUACAUACGAAGAUCCGAGUCUUCUGUGAUGUAUAUAACGUGUAAUAUUGGGAUUCAAACUCAAAAUUGAAUACAUUUCAACUCUACAGUAUAUCUGACAUGGUACAGGUGUCUUCUUUUUUUUAAGCCCAUAACCAUGUGUGUGAGGUGUAUACUUUUGUUUCAAAGUAGAUUUGUUUCAAUGUAGACCAAGAAUCACUCUGUGUGACCCUGAUUUAGCCCACUGCAGUAAAAGGUUAAUUACAGGUCCAUAUCUCCCCUGACAGGGAACCCAACCUGAUUUACUUAACUCACUGGCCUCUCUCUUUCUCUCUCUCUCUCUCUCUCUCUCUCUCUCUCUCUCUCUCUCUCUCUCUCUCUCUCUCUCUCUCUCUCUCUCUCUCUCUCUCUCUCUCUCUCUCUCUCUCUCUCUCUCUCUCUCUCUCUGUUCCAGGCAAAACUCUGGGCCAUGGAGCCUUCGGGAAAGUGGUGGAGGCUUCUGCUUUUGGGAUCGACAAGCUCUCGACCUGCAAGACUGUGGCCGUCAAAAUGCUGAAAGGUAUGGUAGAGGCAUUAUUAUCAAGACUUUCAUCUGAAAACGUAAUAUAUGCUCAUUAACAGUACUCUCACGUCAUUUCUGUUGGAAAACUAUGCUGAAAAGUGAUACAGGUUGUUUUCCACAUGGCUUCCUUUCGCUCCCACCUGGUGGAAAUGGUACUGAUGAAGGUGCUCCUCUCCUAAUGCAGGUGGACAGGCCUACAGUAUAAACACAACAGCCAUUGUUCUGAGUGUAACAGAUGUAAAACAGCCAUCUGUCACUUCAGUAGAUGAUUUGGUUUCUCGUGCAUGAUAUGAAAUCAAAAGCUGUGAUAGCGCGUGUGUGCAAUUAACAGUUGCGCACGGGGUAUUCGUUCAAAGUAGGCGUGUGAUAGCUGCUUCUCACAGACUGUUUGGCCUGAGCGAGACUAAGACCUUGGUGUACCUGAUGAGGAUGGCAGUCUGCAGAUAUGACAGGAAUCAGGAAAGCAUUCCACUUGGGUCCAAGAUUUGCAGGUGAUGAAAAGUUUAAAAGUGUAAGGUACAAAUUAUGCAUCAACAAAAAAUAUGCACGUCAAACCUUAUUAAUGAUUGUAACUCUGAUGUUUUUUUAGAUACACAAACAAUUGAAAACAACGACUCCCCUCUUCUUUCCCCACAUAAGAUUUAUGGUCACCAUAACUUACAGCCACAUUUCACAAUCUUUCUAAAUCUGGCAGAACAUAUUUAUUCCAUCGAAAUGGAAACAGCGAAAAGCAAUGUGGAAGAAGAGAGACUCCAGAAGCAAGAGAGACUGUCCAAGGGAUUUGGCCGAGUGAUCUUAGCAGAGUAAUAAUUUCAGCCCAACAUCACUGGCUGUAUCCCCUUAGGGUCGAAGUGGUCAAACUAACUUUCCACUUGGCUCUGUUGGGAUGGUCAACUCUAACUCUGUAGACUAAUGGGACCAUGGCUGGAUAGUGAUGGUGUUGUGAUAGAUCUAGAUACAUGAUAAAUCAGGCCAUUUGUUAGAUAUUUCCGUCAGUGUCACAGCAUUAAUCAUCCCCUUCCAUUAAUCACAGAGGAACCAAGCGCACCGGCUGGCUGCUGCUCCGCUGCUCUGCUCCAGGAACCCCAGGUCAAACGUAAUGAAAAGCAGCUCACUUCCUUAAACUGACCCUCCGAGGGGUGGUUUGAGACUCACCGUCAGUCAGCUCCAGCUUCCAGAGCAGGCUGGGACCACUGUGAUGAGCCAACAUAAGACAGAGCAGAAGUACAGACCCAAAACUCAGCUCAACUCUCAUGUUCUCCAUUCAUUAUUUAAAUUCAAGUCAUUGAUUCAUUAUUAAAAUCGACUAAAAUCCCUGUUAGAGUAAACCACAUCCAGGGAGUCAGUGAUGGAUAAGAGCAAGAAUAUUUCGCACCAUUUUGUUCAGUCGAUGUUUUCAUUUUGUUUAUCAGUUAGGGACAUCAUUGUUUACUACCAUUGCUAACUCCAACCAACUGUGGCCAGAUGAGCUUUUCAGAUAAUGAAAGAGAGAGACAUUACACAGGCUCAUUGGACGCAUUAGGCUGCCACCCAACAUUGACUAGUAUUCCACAGUCUUUGAGAUCAACGUAGCAGAGAGGUUGACUUAUGGUUGACCAUUCAUCUUUGGCGUCGAUGGCACCCCAAAAAGGACCAGUCACUUUGAUGGUGUUUAGUUUAUUUGGUUAAUAAUAACCCUCCAUCUGACCUCAUAGCGUGCCUGACACAGAUAUCUGCCUCUUAUUUGAUGUGUAGAGUAGAUAUACAACUGAGAAAAACAACAGCAUUAUCUGUUCUUGGAUAGAAUAAUGUUCACAGUCAACAGUUAAAUUGUCUCUCUAUGUGUGCUGCAGGGUUUAUUUUGAUGUAAUGUAUGGCUGUGCUUUGGGUUGUGCCCUCUUGUAUGCGAGUAUCUGUUUGAAUGUGAGAGAAGGCGGAUGUUUAUUUUUUAAUUUAUAUAUAUUCCCAUGUUAACUUAAUUUAUUUCCUGCCAUUAUCUUUGCAUACCAUCUUAACCUGGCACAUUGAAUGUUCUCAUGUAGAGGAUCUUAUUAUCUUAUAUGAAACAUUCCUUGCCUAUCUUAAAUCUCCUCCACAUGUAUCAAAUCUGUUCUUUAUUUUACAUCUAUACUGUUUGGUUUCCAGACGUCCAUGAACAUACAUCAGUUGGAGUAAUCUUAAACAAAGCUAAAUAACUUAGAUGAAAAUUUUAUUUAAAGUCAAAAUGCAUCCACACUUUUGUAAUGUCUGCACCUGUUGUAUUCGGCGCAUGUGGCCAAUAACAUUUGAUUUGAUUUGAUUUGAAAUGGUCUGUGUGUUUUUGUUGUAACAGGAGGAGCUACGACAAAUGAGCGCAAGGCUCUGAUGUCAGAGCUGAAGAUCCUGAUCCACAUUGGUCAUCAUUUGAACGUGGUCAACCUGCUGGGAGCCUGCACCAAGCCUGGAGGUGAGAGAGAGAGAGACAGGACAGGGUUAACUCUAUGGUCAAACUUAGCCACACUGAAUGACUUGUGAAUUAAAUGUAUAAAUUGCUGGAAUCUCCAAGAAAAUCCUUCAUGAUUUCAACACACUGUUUUCACAGUUUAUGAGUCAUUACUUGUUAAUCAUUUUCUUUGAAUUCUGUGUUUCUUUCUUCUCAGGGCCAUUGAUGAUGAUAGUGGAGUACUGCAAAUAUGGAAACUUGUCAAACUACUUGAGAAGCAAGAGGGCUGAUUUCAUCGUUUAUAAGGUAAAUCAGGACCUCCAUGACUGAAGCUUUCAGAAAUCUGCAUUCUCAGUCAACCUAUUCAAAAGCAUUCAUGAUUUAGUCUAUGUCUCAACCUAAUAGGAAAAGCCCAGAUUGUCAGCAGAGCCGCAUUCUAAAGGUUUGCAUCUGUAUCUCGUGUGUGUCUUGUCAGAGCCAGGACAGUGAGGUGGUGACGUCGGGGUCGGGCUGUGACCUCAGCGAGCUCAUCAAGCGGCGCCUGGAGAGCGUGGCAAGCACCGGAAGCUCGGCCAGCUCCGGCUUCGUGGAAGAUAAGAGCUACUGUGACUCAGAGGAAGAGGAGGAAGGUAAACUAAAGGAGCCAACGGCGUCUUCCUUCCCCUCACCUCCACCCCACCCUCCCCCUGAUUGUUUUCUUCCCUGGGCCUGAUGGGACAUUUCCUCCUCCUGUUCAUAAUUGCAAUCGAUAGAACAGAACCCCAGGCUGACACCCACUGGGCCUGGAUGAGAAGGAGGAAUGGAGGAGAAGGCCUCUGUUGACUUCCUCCUCUGACAGGAGUGUUUGUCUGGUCCUGGCGUAUCGGACAUUUCGUUUUGUGAUGUGUUAUUUCUGGUGUGAUUAAAUAUUUACUCAGGUGGGAUGGUGGAAGGAGUCCUCUGGGUUCCUCCACAAACCCCCCCUGCUGUCACACUGCACCGAUAUCACACGUCUCACCCCAUAUCUAAAAUAACACCAAGCAUCCUCUCCUGUCUUUGAAGGAUGUUUUUAAUAAGACAGAGACUGUAGGUGGAUGAAUGAACCGUACUGUACGUGACAAAAGGUGUUUUGAUGAUGGCAUGUUGCAGGUUUUUUUGUGUGGGAGGCUUACAUACAAAAUAUAUAUGGAGUUGUUGAUCAUGCAUGUAUACAUGUGUAUUGUGCAUAAUUAAUGUUACACCAUACUAAAUCAUGUUUAUGAAAAUAGCUUGUAUUCAUUACUGCUUUAUGUUUUGUUUUACCCUCAGAGCCAGAGGAUCUGUACAAGAGAGUGCUGACGAUGGAAGAUUUGAUUUGCUACAGUUUCCAAGUUGCAAAAGGCAUGGAGUUCCUGGCUUCACGCAAGGUAUGCACUUCCUCUAGGCAAAUUACUGUAUCAAAAUCAAUUUGUUUGCGAAAGGCAGUCUGGUAAGACACAUGUUGCUGUUUCUAAUCCACUAAUACCAGUUUAUAAAGCUUUAUUCUGUCCAGUUGACUUUAAUAAAAUGCUGUUGUAUUUUGACAGCUGGGGAAGUUGUUUUUGUUCACCUUUUUCAUUCAUAGUAAACUAUGUUCCCUGUGAGUCUAUUGGCAUAUUGACUAUAAUCAGUCUAAAGCUCAUUCACAUUUAAAAGUCAGUCACAAGCUCUGGGAGAGCAGAUGAGACUAAUUAGUGAACCGAUUGCUGUAACUAUCCCCAUUAGAGAGAAGGGCUUAACCUGGAUAUGGAACACUUCACAUCAGAAUAUCACUGAUGACUGUUCCAUAUAGUUGUCUUAGCUGACAUGCACAGGGCCAUGAGUGUUUCCUGUAAGGUCACAUGGUCAGGAAAUAGUCCUGGGUCUAGCCAUGCAUUAUCACAUUAGGCUGAAGCUUAACUUGAGAUAUCUCCACAUAACUCAAACUUUCAUGUAAAGUCAUGCAUUGAUGUCAAUCCUAAUCAUAUCGUAUGUUUUUUCUUCUUUUCGUUAGUGUAUUCAUCGUGACCUGGCUGCAAGAAACAUCUUACUGUCGGAGAAUAAUGUUGUGAAGAUUUGCGAUUUUGGACUGGCCAGAGACAUCUACAAAGACCCAGACUACAUUCGCAAAGGAGAUGUUAGUAGCUGCAACAUACUGUACUACUAUUAAUCUGACAUAAUAAGUACAUUAUAUAUGUGAUGAAAUGCACCAAUGACUUGACGAUUACCGCCUGUUGUGUGAAAGAGACCAGAGACUGUAACUUGACUACCAUCAUUCAAGAAAACUCAGCUUGAUGGAAAAGGACAAUAACAGUGGUCUGUUACCACCGACUUGGCAAAAACUACAGCGCCUUCAGAAAGUAUUCAUACCCCUUGACUUAUUCCACAUUUUGUUGUGAUACAGCCUGAAUUCAAAAUGGAUUCACACAAUACCCCACAUUUAUUGAAAAUGAAGUACAGAAAUAUCUAAUUUACAUAAGUAUUCAGACGCCUGAGUCAAUACAUGUUAGAAUCACCUUUGGCAGCAAUUACAGCUGUGAGUCUUUCUGGGUAAGUCUGUAAGAGCUUUGCACACACCUGGAUUGUACAAUAUUAUUUUCAAAAUUCUUCAAGCUUUGUCAAAUUGGUUGUUGAUCAUUGCUACACAGCCAUUUUCAAGACUUGCCAUAGAUUUUCAAGCAGAUUUAAGUAGAAACUGUAACUCAGCCACUCAGGAACAUUCACUGUCUUCUUGAUAAGCAACUCCAGUGUAGAUUUGGCCUUGUGUUUUAGGUUAUUGUCCUGCUGAAAGGUGAAUUCAUCUCCCAGUGUCUGGUAGAAAGCAGACUGAACUAGGUUUUCCUCUAGGAUUUUGCCUGUGCUUAGCUCCAUUCUGUUUCUUUUUUAUCCUGAAAAACUCCCCAGUCCUUAACGAUUACAAGCAUACCCAUAACAUGAUGCAGCCACCACUAUGCCUGAAAAUAUGGAAAAUGGUGUUGUAUUGGAUUUGCCCCAAACAUAACACUUUGUAUUCAGGACAAAAUGUUUUUUGCUUUGCCACAUUUUUUGCAGUAUUACUUUAGUAAUAUAUAUUUUUAUUCUGUACAGGCUUCCUUCUUUUUACACUGUCAAUUAGUUUAGUAUUGUGGAGUAACUACAAUGUUGUUGAUCCAUCCUCUGUUUUCUCCUAUCACAGCCAUUCAACUCUUUAACUGUUUUAUAGUCACCAUUGGCCUCUUGUUGAAAUCCCUGAGCGGAGUUAGGAAGGAUGCCUAUAUCUUUGUAGUGACUGGGUGUAUUGAUAUACCAUCCAAAGUGUAAUUAAUAACUUCACCAUGCUCAACGGGAUAUUCCAUGUCAGCUUUUUUUUACCCAUCUACCAAUAGGUGCCCUUCUUUUGCGAGGCAUUGGAAAACCUCCCUGGUCUUUGUGGUGGAAUCUGUGUUUGAAUUCACUACUCGACUGAGGGACCUUACAGAUAAUUAAUUGUAUGUGUGGGGUACAGAGAUGAGGUUGUCAUUCAAAAAUUACGUUAAACACUUUUAUUGCACACAGAGUGAGUCCAUACAAUUUAUGUGACUUCUUAAGCACAUUUUUACUCCUGAACUUAUUUAGGCUUGCCAUAACUAAGGGGUCUUAUUGACUCAAGACAUUCCAGCUUUUCAUUUGUAAUUAAUUUGUACAAAUCUCGAAAAACAUAAUUCAACUUUGACAUUAUGGGGCAUUGUGUGUAGGCCAGUGACCAAAAUAUAUCAAUGUAAUCAAUUUUAAAUUCAGGCUGUAACAACAAAAUGUGGAAAAAGUCAAGGAUGUGAAUACUUUCUGAAGGUACUGUAAAGACAGACUGAAUAAAUGCAAUAGUUCUGGGAAAUGCCAGAUAUUCUGGGCAGAUUUCAGUGUUUGUCUGAAUACAGAAUAAACGUGUCUGUCUGCAUAGACUAGAGGAUGUUUGGUUGUUGAGGAUGUUUGGUAGAGCUACGGCAUGAGGGCAUGUAUGCUACUUUACUCAACUCAAGCCCUUCUGCUUCUCCUCAGAUGUGACAGGUUGGUUAUUGAUGGUAUUAGUGAGAGAGCCAGUCACACAGGUGAGAUGAGAUACCGAUUUAAAAGAGCUGUCGUCUCUUAUCUCCAUCUCUCCCCCCCUACAGUCCAGACUGCCCCUCAAGUGGAUGGCGCCAGAGGCCAUUUUUGACAAGAUCUACACCACUCAAAGCGAUGUGUGGUCCUUUGGAGUCCUAAUGUGGGAGAUUUUCUCUCUGGGUAAAUAUACAUUCCUUUAGUCCUGACCAGGAAUGACUCACUGUGCCUUAUAGUCCCUCACCUCCUCACCUGACCUCCCAAUCAGCAGAAUUAAUGAGCAGAAAUGAACAAACAGCAGUACACAUUUCACAACGCAGCCAUUUGGAACAUUACAGACUUAUUCAAUGCAGAUUUCCUCUGUUGUGUAGGUCCUUAUCUUGAAUCUCAUCUACAAGGACUAUUGUUUUAGGACUGGUAAUGAAACUACAAACAUGGACUGCUUCCAUGCUCACUGCCCUUUUUUGCCCCACAAUUUACUUCUUUCAGAGAAAUUCUAUUAUGCUAAAUGUGUUUUUGUUAUUUCUCUGUAAACAUUACUGCUUAGAAUUAGUUUUUUAUGAAAUAGUCUCAAAAUUGUUUUCAAAAAAGCUUUUGCAAAUGUAAUCUUACAAUUUUGCACACAGUGUGCAGUAUUCCUUACAAAGAAAGGAGAGGUUUCUUUCUGUCAUCAGCCAGCGAUGUUCAGUGAGGAGUCUCCAGUCAGCUAGCGAGGCAAGGUGCCCCCAGCCUUGCAGCUUCUCCAGAUGUACUGGGUCAUAACUGUCUUCUGCUACUGCAUAAUUGUGCCUCUGGGAUAAAACGGGGCUGCAUUGUCAGCUUGAGAAAACUAUUUUCAUGCUGCUCAUGCAAAAGCAUGAGUGAACUUCGACUGUGAAUUUUAUCACAGGCAAGGGCCAUUAAAAAGAAAGAAUACCUCCCAUUUAAGCCGUCCGUUCCAUUCCCAGCUGGCAAUGCAAAUGCGCUGUAACCAAGCAGCCGAUCAAUGUAAAUGUUUGCCCCUGCUGUGAAACCACUGCAACCUUUGAGACAUUGAACGUAGGUCCAUGACAGUCUUCACACUGUGCAACAAAGCAGACCAAGCUGUUCAAUAGCAAGACUCCACAUGACAUAUUGUAUGCUCAAAUGUCACCAUAGGUAGCAAGGACAACAUUCAGAGUAAAUGUUAGGAAAGUGUAAGGAAAGAACAGUACAUUGAUGCAGGGCUUUAGGUUUGAUUGUGCUGCUACACUUGCCAUGAAGCCAAUCACCAGGAGGACUUGGGUCAACAAAAAAGGGUGUGAAAUGUGAACUACCUCAAGACAUGGGGUACAUGCAAACACUCGUUCUCUCUCUCGCUCUCUCUCUCUCAUGCUUUCUCUUUGUCUCUCACUCUCUCUCUCAUGCGGAGAGGAGAGAUAUCGUAAUCGCUCUCUCUCUUCUUCAUCUCUCUCUCUCUCUAUCUCUCUCUUCCUCUCUCUCUCUCUUACUCUCUCUCUUUCUCCUGUAAUCUUUCUUUGUCACAACCACACACACUCUGUUUGGUCCCCAGUAAGAGUAGCUGCUGCCUUGGCAACAACUAAUGGGGAUCCUAAUAAAAUACAAUAAAAAAAGACUAAAUACCCACAGGCACUGAUACAUAUACCUUCAAAGAACCACUCGCUCACUCACACAUCAUGGUUGGAGUUAACAUGGUCUUAGAAAGAUAAAUUAGGACACGAAACGACUGCAAAAAAAUUACAAACACUCAGGUCUGGCAACCUGAUAGGUGUUUGAAGGUCAAAGGUUUGCUCCAGUCCCAAGAUGCUGGCAUAUGCAUAUCGAGACUUGACCCGCAGUCUAGCAGCUUGAGUUUUGGAUUUCCAUGUCUUGUUAGUUUAGGUGCCAAACCAUCAACUACACCCUGGUUUCUGUGUUAGACAUGAGUUAUGCGGUAAUCAAACUAUUUGUUUACCAUGAUUGGUUGAUGUGAUGGAGAGAAAAGAUAAAAGGGUGUUCUAGCAGGCGACUCCUCCUCCUAAGACUGCUUGUUAAUAUCCACAUAGUGCUCUGGAGAUUUAGAUGCUAUCUGAUAUUGUGUCAGGGAUCUCAGUCGGGUACAUGAAAAUAUUUGUUCAUGAGUCAGGAAAUGUUUAUGGAUUACAUGGCAUGGACAAUAUUUUCGAAAACCCCAACUGGAUUGGAUAUUUGAUACAAGUUGGCUUAGUGUAUUACUGCUUUUAUUUAGACUGAGCCAAGCAUGAAUUAAAGUUAUAUUUUAAAAAUCAUGCCUCACCCCCGAUAUUCCAAUUUCAUCAUUAUUCUAGCACUAUCUCUAGAUGUUAUUCAAUGUAUAAUAUCAUUGCUCAUGUGUAAGGUCAAUCAGUUGAUGUUUAAACAGUCUUAACCUAGUAUUUAUGAAGCUUUCUUCUCUAAUCUGUAUAAAGUAUCCAACCCUCUCUAUGUGGGAGAUUUAAGUGUCUGAUAACCCUCCACCUCUCACUCUCCCUCUCCCCUCCCCAGGUGCCUCUCCAUAUCCCGGCUUACACAUCGAUGAGGAGUUCUGCUGCCGACUGAAGGAAGGGACCAGGAUGAGAGCUCCGGAAUACUCCUCCUCUGAAAUGUAAGGAUCAAGCAAUCUUUGUUUCUCCAUUACUUAACAUACAAACCCCAUCUCAUCAUCUAACUCAGGCCAAAAAAGGAAGAGUUUGAAGAGUGGAGUGGCCCAUGUCAGAAGGUUCAUCAUAAAUGCUAUAGCUCUCUUACCUCUUGCCUGUGCAUAAUACACUGGGCUCUCUUGGCUCUUGAAACUUGUAAAGAGCCUGAAGCAUGCCUCUAGUCAUGUCUCCGUAUCCCCCAACCUCUCCUGAGGGUAAUUAGCUAACAGGAACUCUUGCUCAGAGCAACACAUUAAAGGGCAGUCAAGAAAAGCCUCCCAUAUUGAUAUAGCUGAAAAGAGGCCUUGUAUCAGCUCCUUCAUUUAUGAGAAUGGGCGACAGGGCUGAUAGGCAUCGUGGGUAAUCCAGCUCUGAAUGUGGAGGAGAGACGGGAGCUGCUGAUUGGCAGUUAACUGAGGGGGCUGCGGGCGCAUCCAUUUUAAGACUGACAUCGAUGCGGCCGUAAUGAAGCCCCACAUUAAAGGCUGGGGGAGUGGUGAGCGGCCUGGGGGAGCAGCUAGACACAGGGCAAUGAGAGCAAAAGGGCGGGAGACUCCCUCCCCUUGUCCACACAAGGGGGCUCUGAAGCAGGGCAGAGGUGGACGCUGCUGCUGAAACAGAAUAUCUUUGGGGGAGUCUAGGGGGGUUUCUCCUGGCCCUGUGGUAUCAGUGCUGUUUGUCUAGCAGGGAGGUGGACUGGAUAGGGAGAGCUAGGGUUGUUGUUGCCUUUAGGUGACUGGGUGGCUUCUCAGCAGGGCGCCCUGUCUGGGGCUCUCUCUCUCUCACUCACUGUCCCAGGCUAUGGCACACGUCCGAGUUUACAAUAAGGACCCCUUGCUCUCACUUCCUGAGCUCUGCUCUUAAUCAAUCUCACAUUCAGUUAUAUGUGCACGUGUGUGUGCAUAGCAUUUGGUUUUCAUUUGUGACAGAGUGUGGUGGAGUCAAACUUCCUCUUUCUUAUUCAUUUAGAAAUGAUAAAUGUUGUAUUUAUGUUUUAUAACUCUGUACCAAUGAGAAGUCCAGAAUUCGUUUAAACAUCUUAUGCCAACUGGAGACAAGUUAAUGGAUAUAUCACCAAUACAUGGGAGAUGGUGAUUGGAGAUGACCAGCAAAAUACGAUCCAGACUGGAGUCUUAAGCCGAUGUCACACGAAGCAAUCUGGAGGCAAUUUAUGUUGCUUGCAACAAAGUUGCAUCUGGGUUGCUCCGUGUGUCACUCCCCAAAAGUUGCCUGAAACUUAGUUGCAUUGCAUCGCAGGAGAUAGAAAUCAAUCCUAUUUCACGCAACUGACUGUAUGCAAUGUCCAAUCAGUGAGUAGAAAAAAAGUUUCGGUCGACUCGUCAUAUCAUUCUGUUCGGAACUCCGACCCAGUUGUCAUGUCAAUACAGCUGUCAGUGCUGCUACAAAUGGCGACAAAAGAGACAUGGCAAAUGGGAAAUGUAUAAACAAUUCUAGACACCGUGGCUAGUUGUGGUUUAUGUACAUGGUCUGGCAGUCAAUACAUGUAAUUUUAAAAGUGAACCCAGACCUUUCUCUGUUCAGUUUCAAUUGAAAUUGUCCAACAUGAACUGCACUAGCUAGCUAGCUUAGCUCGUCGGUAGCUUGGUUAGCUUGCUAGCUAGCUUGGUAAAGCAUAGUUGGCAAAUAGGCAACAUUUUGGCUAGCUAGCUAAAUUGUACAGCCAGCAUUUUGUCUAUAUAUCAAUGCUGUUACAAUGACCAAAUGUUUGAAUAAAAAAUCAUUUAUGAAACCAGGAUGUGAUGUAUGACAGGAUUGGAUGUUGCAUGCAAUUUCAAUUGCGUUUGAAUUGCUUUGUGUAUCAGCAAAGUUGCUUGAGAUGAUGUCACUUGCAACUCUGCAACAGAAAUUGUGUCCAAAUUGCUUCAUGUGACACAGGCUUUAGAGAGCAUGGACGCGAAUAGAAGUAAAUGCAGCUCGGUAGAUCCAGAGCCAGACCCACUGGUGCCAAGUUCCUCUCUCUAAGAUCCCUCUCUAAGAUACUUUCCAUUCUGGUUCAAAGCAAAGCGGUCCAUUGACAGAAUGAAGAUAUAGAGAGCAUGUUCAUGCCAUGGAACCAUGAUGUACAACCUGCCUCUUGUCUGAGAUAAACACAAGACCCACUGAUAGCACUUUAAAUGGCAAGCAGAGGAGCGGUACACACUCUCGUCUACAGGGGUAAUACCCCUUCUCCCACACUUCUCCUUUGAUCGUGUGUGGGAGCCUGGGAUCCAGAGUCUCUGACCCUGACCUUGACCCCAACCCCCCCGUUAUAUGGAUGAUGAAAGGGACCGGAGGGCCGGGCGAUACAGGGUGGUAUAUCUACGCUGCUGCUGGUGCACCGGCUCGUCAGGAAUGUGACCCUCCGCUUAAAAGAUUGAAAGUUCCUCCAUCAGCCCAACGGCGAUCUGAUGCAUCCUCAUCGGAAUGUGGAAGACGCUCCUCAAGACGCGGGAAUAGAGAAAAACGGAUGUCCACCUCCCAACAUCCCACAACUGUCUUGCCAGAAGAGAGUAGUGGACUAAGGAAUUCUGACCACCACAAUGGCCCCCCACGGCAAAGUAUUCCCUGAAGAGACAGAAGAGGAGGAACCAAUUUUUCCCCUUACGCAGCAGAGAGGAAGCAGGGUUGAAAUUGUGCGGCCGUACGAUGCUGUCUACAUCCCCUCCUCUUGAUGUGCGGCCCAUGUGGGCUCAUGGUGGUCAACUCUGGGAUUCCAUUCUGUCACUGUGAGGAUAUUAGGAGUCCCUCCACCUGGCCAAGGACACUCAUUAACAUGGGAAUCACAGCCCAGCAACCCGGUCAUUUCUCCAGCCAAUCUCCACUGCACCGAGAGGAGAGGAGAAGUCUUGCCAAGCCAAGCCAAGGUCUGGGUUCACUGAAUACAAACACAGAUGGAGAGGGCAAAAGACGGAGGAUGUAAUGCUUUUUACAGUAAUUUUCUCCAAACUCCAAAUUGACUCAAUCUGGUGCCAGUCAGAGGAACAUAAUAGAGCUAAUGGGCACCUGGCUCUGUUUACGUAAGGGCCUCUGUGUUUGGGGGCCGCGCUCCGUAGUAAGAAACAGGCUAGGGAUCCAUCAUCACCUCUGACUGUAGGGUUUGAUUUAAACAGCAGCCGCGGCCUGCACUCCAUCUCUGAAUUCCUCAACGGCCGAUUCCAGCCAUUAUUACAGGCCACUGCUGCAGUGGAAACACAGCACAAAACGGCCCUGAGUCUUCCCACAUGGGCAGAGAGGCUGACAGCUCGUCAAAGACCUGAGGGGGGCUCUGAGCGUUCCUAAUGUUCACACCAAGACCUAGAGGGAACGAGAUACAGCCCCAGAGACCAGAUUAUCCUUGGAAAAUGAAAUAUUGGAUAUAUGAGUAUUUUAGAUGACAGUUGAUUUGGAUGAAAGCCAGCUACAAGUCAUCUCUCGUGUCAGUCAGCCUCCACACACACAGGGUCUGUCUUGGAGAGUGCAGGUUGUUGCUAAAGUCAAAGUACUCCUGGUUGUGAAAGAUUGAGUGCUAUUUGCCUUUUGGGUAAAUGUCUGCUUCUCACCAAAGCACAGCAGAGUGAAACCUAGCAAUGCAUGGCCAUCUGCAUUGUGCUAAAUUCAUCACCAUCAGGCAGGGGUCAUUACCAACCCAUAUAGAUUGUGACGAUUACCAUAUUAUUACCGUCAUUUAUUUGCAUAUUGCUCAACAUAGCUAUGCAGUAUGUCUGUGUUAUCAGUAUGUGAAUGUGAGCCAGCAUAAUGACAUGAUGUGUAUUUCUCCUCAGAUACCAGACCAUGUUGGACUGCUGGCAGGGCGAGUCAGGAGACCGGCCAACCUUCACUGAGCUGGUGGAGAGAUUAGGAGACCUGCUACAGGCCAGUGUACAGCAGGUAAGAUCCCCAUGGCUUUGUUUUAAUACUUUAAAAUCUAUUCCUUCUGCCAGUGAGGUUAUCACUAGUCUGAAAUGACUGAAUAGGUGAAGGUGGUUGAACCCAUAAAAUAUUUACAGUAUGUCACAUGAUGAAGACCAGGUUCAAGGUGAACUGGAGAUCAGAGGUCAGCAGAGUUGUGGUUAGGGCCUUGCCCAGGGGUGAAAGUAAAUGUAAUAUCUGCCAGGUAUGGGACUUCCUAUGUGGGUGUGCAAAAAUACAUGUCAUUUAAAGCUAGAUGCUACAUCCAUUUUUGGUCGUAAUCAUAUAUACGUAUUGAUUCUUGAAGAAUAAUACUUAUAAACGCCUCAUGAGCUUAGUUCAACUGUUGUACCCCAUCAGAACCCAGAAUAGAAGCUUUUACUCCGUUUGUAAACAAUGUAAAUGUAAGCAAACAUAAUUCCAGCAUCUAAAACAGUGCACUGUGCACCUGCCGUUUGAUGAAUGGAAAGAGGCGUCUAUUAAAACACCAAAAGUGUAAUAACAUUUGCCGAUUGUCAUUAGACACUCUUGAAGCCUAAAUUGAUUGAUUCUUCCACUGCUGUCCGUGUGCGUCUCGGUCCCGGCCAGUCAUAUUUGCCUUGGCAAAAUGUUAGUGUUCAUGUCGAACCACACCUCAUUGUGGAGCGUAUACCGCCAGUCCAUUCGCACAUUCUUCAUGCAGUUGACAGGCAGUAAUGAUAAAAGAUGGUGUAAACAACAACUUACAUUUUACAUUUUAGACAUUUAGCAAAUGCUCUUAUCCAGAGUGAGUGCAUACAUUUUCAUACUGGCCCCCCGUGGGAAACGAACCCACAACCCUGGCGUUGCAAGCGCCAUGCUCUACCAACUGAGCUACAGGGGACUUCAAAUCAAAUCAAAUCAAUGUUGUUGUUCUUUUGUCACAUACACGUGUUUAGCAGAUGCUAUUGCGGGUGUAGCGAAAUGCUUGUGCUUCUAGAUCCGACAGUGCAGUAAUAUCUAACAAGUAAUAUCUAACAAUUUCACAACAAGGUCUCAGGACAUGGAUAGACGUCCAAUUUUGACGUCAAUCUUGAACGACCUGGCUGCAUUUUAGAAAUGUGUUUUCCGCAAAUUGCAUUUUGGAACAUUUGCACGUAUUCCUAACACCGUGUGCACAUUGCUGUACUUAAUAUGUGUUUAUCAACAUUUGAAGCUAAACAUUGUGAUCUGUUCCAUCAGCCUUACUAAUUGAUAUGGCAUAUACCUCCACUACACUACUUUGAUACGCAUCGUGUGGCUAAGAAAUGAGUAUACGCAAUGCCCACAAAAAAAUAGUGGGUAUACGGCGUAUACCUGCGUAUACCCUCCACUACACCACUGGAAUCAAGACAGGGAGAAGGAAAGCAGCGACUGUGACUGCUGAUGGAAAAUUGGCUGUUUCCCCUGCGAGAACAAAACAAUAAGGUCCCAUCAAGUCCUAAUAAUGCCAAAAACUCUGAGUUGAAAAGACAGUCAAAAACACAGUCACAGAGAGAAUGGAAGAAACUCCCUCAGAUACCUACAGUACAGCCAUGCUCCCAGUUUCACCUCUCUCCCAGACAUACGGCCCAGAUCCAGACAGUUCUAUUAGCUGCAGACAGACCCAGACAGACCCAGACAGACCCAGACACACACAGACAGACCCAGACACACACAGACAGACCCAGACAGACCCAGACACACACAGACAGCUCCUAUUACUAAAUUAAGAGCAGACAGGGGUGGGUAUUGUAAAGAGAUAAGAGAUGAUAGCAGGCCAGACCUCACACAUCACAUAAAACCACAGUAUAGAAACGCUUUAUAACAUAACAGAUUACUCUCGCUGAAAACCAACCGUGUGGGAACCCAUCCUGACUGGACAGAAAAGAGCUGGUGAGUAGGGAUUUCAAGCCUUCCAUUAAUAUAGGUCUGUUACAUACAGACAGACUCAGUCCUUUACUGGCCAGUCAGCGAGGUUGUCUCCACCAGCAUCAUCACACUGCUCCGUCUGUGGCCCUCAGGCAUUCCACAUUUUAUUUAUUAGGCGUGACCUUUAGAUUCUUUGGCAACAUUCCCUGCUAGUCUGUAGGCCCUGGAUGGAUGUUUGUGGAGCACGCGGACGGUAUCAUGCUCAAAUCUCCCUAGGCUUCACACACUUAUCACAUACAUGUGCUUUCCGUCAUGCUAUGAUAGCUGUUAGCUAGGCCUCUGGUCUAACAUGUUGUGUUCUCUCCUCUUUCUGUCCAUUCAGGAGGGCAAGCAUUACAUCCCUAUAGCAGCUCUGCUGUCCAAGGAGGGAGACCCCUCCAACACGGCCCGGUCAGAGAAGACCAACACCAGGCCGCUCUCUCACCGCGACUCAGGGAGCACCUGGUAAGAAGCAGGAGUCUGUCAGCUGGCCAGUCACUACACUACAUUACUCAGAUAUAUUACCCUCAACCUAACACAGAUAUUACCCUCAACCUAACAGAGAUAUUACCCUGAACCUAACACAGAGAUCACACAGACACCUGUUGCUCACAACACUAUUGAAUAAGCUUCUCACAUUUUAUAGCAUUCUCACAUUUUAUAUCAUUAAAGAUUUCUGCCAUAAGUCUAUGUACAUUAUAUAACAUUUAAUAGAGACAUUUCAACAGUGAAAUGUAAUGUCUCCUUGGGCGUCUUGGCUUAACGGAACGUUAAUCUCUCAUUAAAUAUGUGUUAUCUUAAAUGUACUGAAUGUUAAAGCUACAAUAUGUCAUUCGCAUUUAAAGCAAAUCUAAGAAGCAGUGGAUCUGUUCUAUGUGCGCUAUUUCUAUGCUUCCCGUUUUUAAGUUUCGUUUUUGCGUCUUUUACUUUCGGUUUUGUGCACCAGCUUCAAACAGCUGAAAAUACAAUAUUUUGGGUUAUGGAAAAGGUAUUUCACAGCGGUUUAGAUGGUACAAUGAUUCUCUACACAACGACUGCUUGUUUUGUCACAUAAACAAAAAUUUGGCAAAUUAUUCGAAUUUUAGCAACCAGGAAAUGGCGGAGCGAUUUCUGCAUAUUGCGCCUUUAAGAUAACAACCAAUCAUUUCCCCACUCUUUAUUCAGUUCAUUGUUCAAAGCACACACCAUUUUCUUUACAUGUGCUUUGCUUGGCGGGUCAGCUACUUACUCUUAAAAAGGUUCAUGUAGAUCUAGUUGAGGACAAUGAAAGACCUGAUUAAGGUUGUGAUAAUAAAUAUAUACACUGGCAGUGAGAUGAUGAGGGAGCCCAAAGCAUUGUGGCCCCUUCAAGGAAUUUCCUCCCAAACCGCAGACCCUGCUUUAGGAUUUAUGUCCACUUAAAAUAAUAUUUGUCAAGCCCUCGUUUCACAGGUCCUAUGAGUGUGUUUAUUGAGAACGUGUUGAAAUGCUCUAAAAGCAGUUAUCCCUUAAGCGGAAUUAAGCAGCCAUUUGAUUCUCUGCGUCUGUUGAAAAGCAAAAUAAAUAGGGUUUAUUUUCAAAGACCAAUCCCACUGACACUAUGUAAUUGUUGAUUAACUUGAUUACGUUCCCACUUAUUGUGUUUUUCAAUGCCGUUUUUUGGCACGUGUAAUCUUGGAAUUCCCGGAUUAGGAUCUGACUUUGGAAACCUUAUCCCUUCAGGAACAUUAAGAUCCGGCCGGCAAGUGUGAAGACCUUUGACGAGGUUACCAUGGAGAACAGCUCUAACGACAACCAUGAGGUGAAUUAACUCAUCACCCCCAAAGCUAGCAUGAUGAUGUCUCUUCACUACAGAGCUGCCUAAUUAGUAGGGUGUAAAACAUCUGGCCUGUAAGACCAUGCUUUUGUUGGACUAACUCUGACACUUUCUCUUCCUUUCUCUCAUCAUCUCAUCCUCUUUCUCUCUCUCUCUCUCUCUCUCUCGCUCUCUCUUUCACUCUUUGUAUCCCUCUCUUUCCCAUUUCCCUCCCUCUGUCUGCACGUGCAGGGGGGACAGUCGGACAGUGGGAUGGGCCUGUCGUCUGACGAUAUGAACACGCUGAAGCGCCUUGAGUCCUUUGCCUGACCUCUCAGCAUCAUGGCCCUGGUGUGAGUACACCUAAUGCCCAUAAUCCCUGUCACUCAUAGCAUCCAGAGACACAGAGAGAGGCAGAUAGAACCAUAGUGAGAGGCAGAAAGAGGCAGUGGAGCCACAGGCAGAGGUAGGGAGGGGUAGAGAGGCUGGGAGGGGUAGAGAGGCAGGGAGGGGUAGAGAGGCAGGAUGGAGAGGUAGUGGAAGCAGAAAGAGGCAGGGGAGAAGGAGAGGCAAGGUGCUGGCCCUGCCCAGGACACCCACCCGCUGGCCUGGAAUGUAGACGUUUGGAUUGUCACACACACACACAGUCCCUCUCACCCCCUGAACCUCAAUGACAGGUUUUUGCUUUUGUCAAAAGAAACCAUGCGAGAGCCCCAUCGAGACAAAGGACUCGGGGGAGGGCUAUUGCCCUAAGGUGACAACCCAAAAGACAGAGAACAAAAGCCCAGUGGAAGUGUGACUCGGGCCUGGGUGGUUUAAGAGCACACACUAAAACUCACUUUGGCGUUCGGCCUGAUUGAGACAUCCUCUGACAAAAUAUAUGUUCCCAAAACAAAAAAACUGUCCAGUUGUGCAGAUUAUUCUACAAUGUUUCUUUGAGGCUGCAAAAAACAUUCACCCGCUGUUGCUCGGGUUGGGUAGCAGAGCUCUAUUAUGAGGUGAAUGAAACCGAAUGUCCGGAACUUUCACAGAACCAAUUUUGGUUUACUGGGAAAAUAUUACUGGUACAUUGUGUUAUUACAUUACCUGGAAACCUAAUGAUAACUUUUGGGGAAUGUUCUGUAUGGGUUGUUACAUAUAUUGUGCACAACAUAUUAGUGAAUGUUAGGAGAACAUCCCAAGGAUGUUUCAUUUAAAUCAUAUUUUGGAAGAAUAAAAUACAUAUUUUAUUAUCAAAAACAUUAUUUUGGGAUGUUAUCAUCCUAAUGUUAGAUAAAGCCCUAACUAGAACUUAAUGGGAAUCUUAGUAUAAUGUUCUGGGAAUGUUCUAGGUUUGCAGGGUUCCCAGUUAGCAAUCACACAGGUCAUCCAUAGUGGCCUGUAGAAGACAGGUUCCUAGACCAGCUGUAGAUGACACUACAGGCAUGACACUUUUAGAGCUAAUACCACUCCUUGUCAUAACCUGUCGUACCUGUAGAAGAGAGAGAAACCAGGGCUAAGGACAGGGCUUAGCAAGGUUAGGCUGCAAAACCUCUCCCAGCUUCAGUUCAAAGAGCACAAUAGGUAUGUCGGUGGAGUCUGUCUUUCAAAUGCCCCACUCACAAACGCCUCUUCACUGGUCAAAAAAAGAUUAGGACAGAAAUAAAUUCUAACAGCUAACAAAGGAAGUUUUUUUUAAAUGCAAUAAUCAUAAACUGGCAGAAAGGGUACAGGAAAACAUCUGCGAGUGGAGUUUGAUAUGAAUUUACCAUGAUUAACCCCCAAUGAACAUACCGCAAGGCCUUGGUUUGAAUAAAAACAUUAUGGAUCCCCUCACUCAGCAACCAUUGUUCCCUCCCAACCUCAAUCCACCCCCACACCCUCAUCAACCCAUUUACAGUGCUCCCCUCGUCUCUGUGCCCCUAUGUGAUUCUCAACGCUGGGCAGAGAGAGACUAGAAGACCAUUACCUAUGGGCACAGCCUUAGUUUCCAUGGCCUCUGCCAUGGGAGAACCAGUCACCAGAGGCAUGCAGAGAAUGAUCUAUUUAUUGAGGGGAAAGAACCCUUACUGGGUCGCCACUCGAUCACUGUCACCUUUGACCUUCUGGAGGUUUACGAGGGAGGGCCUCCCUGGCUCUGUAAUGGUUCUCUAGCUUUGUGCUGUAGAAUUCCACGUGGCACCCCCUUUUCCCCACUCGCAGUUGUCCUAUACCGUCUCCCUAUAGCUCUCUCUCUCUAUCUCGCUCUCUUUGUAGAUGUGUGUAAAUGCUUGGCAUAGUAUUGUUGUCAGUACUUGACUCACCAAUCGAAAAUUUUAUACACCACCCUGUCAUUUCCCCAGUCUCAUAGUCAAUGCAGCCAGUCAGUCAUUUGAUAUACCCCACUGGGAUCUGACCUUGCGCCCCUGUGAGAGAGUUUCUGUAAACUCCUAGCAACCAGAAGACAAUAGUAGUCAAUUACUCAUAUUUGGAGCAUUUACGGGAGCAGAAGUAGUCAACAUCCGCGAGAGAGGCCAGAGAACAUGAUUGAUUAUAUCCUUUAUGAACAAUUAUCAUGGAAAUGUAUUAUUGGUAUAUUACUGAGUCUGUUAUUAAACAUGUAUGUGCUCUCUCUCUCUCUCUCUCUCUCUCUCUCUCUCUCUCUCUCUCUCUCUCUCUCUCUCCUCUCUCUCUCUCUCUCUCUCUCUCUCUCUCUCUCUCUCUCUCUCUCUCUCUCUCUCUCUCUCUCUCUCUCCAGGAUGAAGGUGGUGAGUAGGAGUAAGGAGUCGGUGCUGACUGAGGGAGAGAAGGACAAGUAACCUCAGCCUGUUCCCUCUCUGGACUUCACCCUGGACAACUCUUCCCUGGAGCCCGUUCUGGAGUCCCACAGCCCGCCCACUGACUACAACUAUAUAGUGCGCUACUCCACCCCACCUGUGUAGCCCUACCUAACCCCACCCCAUCGCCGUGGGAGACACCCCCCCACCCUGCUACCCCACCUCAUACCCUCCGCCCCUGGUGGAGAAUCUGACUGAAUGCCUCGAGGCCUCUCCUUUGUUCUCCUCUGUUUUAGCUGUCUCUGGACUUCACAGUGCACCGUAAAACGCCUGAUAAUGCCUCCCUCCUUUUAACUUCUUCCAUUUCUCCUCCUCCCUGAGGCUUGCGCUAGAGACAAGUUUGAGGCGCUUUGUUUCAACGUGGGAUCUGUUACUUUAGGACUAAGACACCUUUCUGUAUAUCUGCACUUAGCCUGCCUGCUUCCCAUCAACCCACUCUUCAGUAAGGAGGAAGAAGAGGCUGCCUUCUCAGCCUGUCCCAGGAGUUAAUCUAUGUGCUGCUGGUCUUCUCCAUAGCCCACUGUGAUAUCCACACCACAGGAGGUUGGUGGCACCUUAAUUGGGGAGGAUGGGCUCGUGGUAAUGUCUGGAGCGGAUAGGUGGAAUGGUAUCAAACACGUUGUUUCUAUGUGUUUGAUGCCAUUCCAUUAGCUACGUUCCAGACAUUAUUAUGAGCUGUCCUCCCCUCAGCAGCCUCCACUGAUCCACACAUACAGCUAGCUAUAGAUACCUAUAGACCUACAGUGCCUUCAGAACGUUUUCAUACCUCUUGACUUUAUACACAUUUUGUUGUGUUACAGCCUGAAUUCAAAAUUGAUUAAAUCGAUUUUUUUCUCAUCCAUCUACACACAAUACCUCAUAAUGACAAAGUGAAAACAUGUUUUUAGACAUUUUUGCAAUUUUAUUGAAAAUGAAAUACAGAAAUAUCUCAUUCACAUCAGUAUUCACACCCCUGAGUCAAUACUUUGUAGAAGCACCUUUGGCAGUGAUUACAGCUUUGAGUGAUUCUGGUUAGGUCUCUAAGAGCUUUCCAUACCUGGAUUGUGCAACAUUUCAAAAUUCUUCAAGCUCUGUCAAAUUGGUUGUUGAUCAUUGCUAGACAACAAUUUUCAGGUCUUGCCAUAGAUUUUCAAGUAGAUUUAAGUCAAAACUGUAACUGGGCCUCUCAGGAACAUUCACUGUCUUCUUUGUAAGCAAUUGCAGUGUAGAUUUGGCCUUGUGUUUUAGGUUUAUCCUGAAAAACUCCCCAGUCCUUAACGAUUCAAGCAUACCCGUAACAUGAUGCAGCCACCACUAUGCUUGAAAAUAUGGAGAGUGGUACUCAGAAUUGUGUUGUAUUGGAUUGGCCCCAAACAUAACAAUUUGUAUUCAGGACAAAAAGUUAAUUGCUUAGCCAAAUUUUUUGCAGUAUUACUUUAGUGCCUUGUUGCUAACAGGAUGCAUGUUUUAGACAUAUUUUUAUUCUGUACAGGAUUUCUUCUUUUCCCUCUGUCAAUCAGGUUAGUAUUGUGAAGUAACUACAAUGUUGUUGAGCCAUCCUCAGUUUUCUCCUACCACAGCCAUUAAACUCUAUAACUGUUUUAAAGUCACCAUUGGCCUCACAGUGAAUUCCCUGAGCGGUUUCCUUCCUCUCCGGCAACUGAGUUAGGAAGGACGCCUGUAUCUUUGUAGUGACUGGGUGUAAUUAAUAACUUCACCAUGCUCAAAGGGAUAUUCAAUGUCUGCUUUUUUACAUUUUUUACCCAUCUACCAAUGGGUGCCCUUAUUUGCAAGGCAUUGGAAAACCUCCCUAGUCUCUGUGGUUUAAUCUGUGUUUGAAAUUCACUGCUCGACUGAGGGACCAUACAGAUAAUUGUAUGUGUGUGGUACAGAGAUGAGGCAGUCAUUCAAAAACCAUGUUAAACACUAUUCAUCUACAGAGUGAGUCCAUGCAAGUUGUGUGACUUGUUAAGCAAAUGUAUACUCCUGAACUUAUUUAGGCUUGCCAUAACAAAGGGGUUGAAUAUUGACUCAAGGCAUUUCAGCUUUUCAUUUUGACAUUAUGGGGUAUUGUGUGUAGGCCAGUGACCAAAAAUCUCAAUUUAAUCCAUUUUAAAUUCAGGCUGUAACACAACAAAAUGUGGUAAAAGUCAAGGGGUGUGAACAGUUUCUGAAGGCACUGUAUGCAAACCUAAAGACAGGCUCAGGUUUUCCUAUGAUCAACUGUGAACAACACUAAGAAGCACAACAGAUUCCAGACGUAUAACACAUGAAAUGUAGUGGUAGCAGGUUAUACUGUUGUGUAAAUGAAGAAUGUGUAACUAUGUGGAUGUGUUACUAUGGGGAUAAAACAUGUAAAAGUGAAAGAAAGGAGAUUGGAGAACUGAGGCGUUUCUUGUUUUUAUUGAUACAAUUUUAUUUCUGUACAAAUAUUUUAUAGAAUUGAAAACUGGAAAGUAAAUGUGCUAUUUUAUUAUAUUAAGUAAUAAUUAUUGUGUUUUCUUUUAGUUAGUAAUAUAAGGUUUAAUAAACAUUCUUAUCACAAAAUUGGUAUUUUCAAGCAUAUAUUACUCAGCUUGACUUUAGCUAAAAGCUCACGUUUUUAAAAAGCACCUGUGGGACAGAUUAUAGGAACGGUUCAUGAAUAAUUGAAUCUGCCAGUCUGAAAAGAUUUCUUGAGUACUCCAAUCCCCAGUCUUCCCAGUGAACAUGUUUUUUGAAUAUUUUUCCAUUCAUCUCAGAGAGAAGAAAGGGUUGAGACUGUGUUGUCUAUAAGUUAGUAGAUGGGUAUGGGCUCAGUCUGAGUAGUAGUAGUUUAAACAGCCCAUAAAGUCCCAACGCGCUCUGAAUGGGGUUAGGGUAUGAAGGGAACAGGGCAAAACAGAGAGUAAGACC